AUGGGACCCAAACCUCCUGCCUGUGUGAUUUGUGAUAUGAAAAGUGAAAUAGAAAGGUGAAAUUGAAAGAUUUCAAGUCUAAUAAAAUACUACAUUGGUUGGCACUGAGCCACACUCUCCAAAAAAAUAAUCAAUUUGAGAAAGAAAUACACCACCUACACAAUUUAUUUGUACCUUUCAACUUCUGUUAGCGUGGCUUUAUCUCUGUAAUGAUGCUGUUAUGUUUAACCAGAGUCUGAGGCUCUCCAUGAACCUCUUCACCCUGCUAGUAGCUGAACUACUUUGAUGCUUACUGUCUGCUCCAAAGGAAGACAAGAAUUCUCUGUGUGGCUUUUAGAUGAGGGUGACAGAAUGACAUGUAGUUUAUAUAGAAUGACAGAAACUUCUCAGGAACAUGUUAGGUAUUCUUGUGAAUGCGAUGCAGCAUACAGGAACUUGAAGAAGCCCAGCUCGUUGGAACAUACUGUACUGCUCUUUGAAAUUUACUCAUACAUAUGAAUUCAAAUGCAGUAAUGACAGAUGGAUAAAGUUUAUUAUUGUUUUUGCUUGUCUCUAACAAGUGCACAAAGCAUUACCUUAUGCAAACUGUAUCUAAAAGAACUUAAAAUGUCAUAAGCUAAUGUUAAAAUCCAGAUAUCCAUCUUCCAUCAAGUGACAAGCGUUGGAUAUUUGGGGUCAGCAGUGAAAAUGUAUUGUCCUCUGGUAUAGUCGGCUGUUAUUGAUAAUUUAUGACAGAAACCUAUAGACUUUUUUUCUUGCAGGUAAUUGUUUACAGUUGAUUGCAACUGGUUGUAGUUUGAGUCAAGAGCCAGCAUCUACCACUGUAAUUCAUAUGAUAUUGGUUUAGUUAACAAAACCCAAAUUACUCCCAAACAGACGUUCAUGGGUUGCGAGAUCGCAUCAACCUGGUAUUCUGCCUGUAUUCUGAUCAUUUUUUCCACACCUCUGUGCUACAAAUCAUUCAGACCAUUUGCAGUAUGAGUAAUGUGCAGCAUGUGAUGUUAUUGUUAGGUAAUUCAUUGUUUACAUGCAAAUUGUUGAUUGUUUUAUCAAUAUUUUUGAAUUAUUACAACUGCAGAAGUGGCAAUGGUUGCUGUAUGUAUCAGAUUGUUUGGGAUCAGAUGGUGUUAUAUUGUCCUUUAGGUUAUCUUGUGGUAUAGCAUGGUAUCUUAUCCCAUGGUGUUGUACCAUAUCUUAUCGUAUGGUACCAACUUUCAUUAUAUGUUGUUGUUUCUCACCUUAUGGUAUUGCACCGUAUCAGAUCAUUUCUUAUUAUGUUGUUUGGUUUCAAAACUUGAUUGAAUGUUUUGAAUAGGAUUACAUUUAUCAUAUCACAUUGGAUCACAUCACAUCGUCCUCAGUUAUAUGGAUCAGUGUUGUUUUCGAUGACGUUGACGAAAAUAUUUCAUCAAUGUCAUCGUCAACGAAAACAAAACUGCAGAAUAUAUUUUAAGCAUUUGACUGACGAAAUGCUCUUGAAUUUUGCAACUCUGUUCGUCAUCCAUCACUAACGUUUUCGUCUAGUCUCGUCAACGUAAACGCACAUUCGUCUCGUCACAUUUUAGUCAUCUAAGACGUAUGUUUAGCUCUUCAACAUCACGUCUUUGUCGUGGAAAAAAAAGGGGUGUUGACGAAAUAUUUUUCACCACGCCCAUUUUUAUGCAUUACCUCUAAACUUGCUUAAGUAAGAUUGGCUGACUCUACAGAUAGAUAGAUAGAUAGAUAGAUAGAUAGAUAUACUUUAUUGAUCCCAAACUGGGAAAUUCUCUUGUUACAGCAGCAAAAAGAAAAAACAAACAAAAUAACAUUAAAUAUAAGAAGUAAGUACAAUGCAGACUAAAAAUACUAAGUAUAUACAAUAAAUACAAACUAAUAUACUACUCAUCCUAAGAGAUAAAAGUGGGAUAUGAAGAACGUGGGCUAAUGACUUAUGACUUGACUCUAUCACUUAAAAUUGAAUUCAAACUAUUUCCAUCGACUAAUUCGGAGAAACUAAAGAAACCCUUAACUUCAUCUCCAUGUUAUAUAUACAUGUAUGGUCUGUGCCCUGUGAAAAACAUACCUCUUAGUGGUUUAGCACUGCUUUUAAACACUUUAGUGAAAUGAAACCCUGCUGUGUGUCUAUGAAGGUACUCAAAAACAUUCAUUUUACGCUAAUGAAGCUUUGCAUUCCUGUGUUCUUCUGUGUGAAAUGAGAACAAAAUCUGCCGCAGUACAUUUAUAGAAAUAGAACAGCAACUCGGAUUUGGGGAUUUUCACCAAAUUAAUGUGUGAAUGAUAAACACUGCAAGUGCUGUGAGUCUCUGGGGAUUCCUCCACCACCUGAGGUAAGUCUGGAUAUGAGUCAAAAAAAUCCCAGGUCAUCUCUUGAAAGCAUCUUUGAGGAGAACUUUGCAGAGAAUCAAGGGAGGGAGCAGUUUGAAGUCUCUUUCUCUCUCUCUUUUCAUUCUUGUAUCUUAAAUUCAGAUUAUAAAUAAGUGGCUAACAUUUUGUGCAGGUUUUAGAAAUUCAUCCAGCCUUUCCUUAAGUUGAGUAUGACACUUAUCCUAAACAUACCUAUGAUUCCUUUGAGAUUGACAUGUUUUCAACAGCUUGUGAUGAGUUCAUGUUCUGUGCAGUUCAUAUGUGAUUUGUGAUUUGUAUCUUGACCUACUUGGAAAAAACUUUCAUGAGGAGGUUUGUUUAAUUCAAUUCUCUGAAUGUUUCUGCCGCACCUCUGAUCUCUCUCUCUCUCCUCUCUCUCUCUCUCCUCUCUCUACACACUCUCUCUCUCUCUCCCUCCACUCCGGAGCUUAUCUCGGUGCGCAUCGUCAGCAUCAGUUUGAAGUCAAAUCUGACAGCCUGCUGCCUUGCCCGGUCCUUUAUCCUUUUUUUCCCAUCUCUUUCCCUCUCCGGUGGUCAUCCCUUCUCGUGUAAGAGGUACAGACCCGGAUUAGCGGGCUAAUCGUGUGUAAUUAUUGAUGUACUUUUUGGGUGGGUGGGAGGGUAAGAGGGAGGGGGGGAAGGUUGACCUCGAUUGCCGCCCGGGAUGAGAUAGUCCUCUCUCGGCUGCCGUGCUUUUCCUCUCAGUGUGGUCUUCUUACCCCCUUUUUUUUCUUCUUCUUUGCAGUUGUGUCGGGACUGUGGGAGCGCGUCUGGCUUCAACUUGGGGUGAAGAAAGACAGAGGAAACUCCUCGGGAUUCUCCGUACAACGAGCUCUGAUUCGGAUAUUCUGGUGAGCACACUUUUGGCGUAAUUGUUGCUUUGUAUGCCCUCUUUUUCGUCUUCCAGGUAUAUAAAAAAAACGCGCGUAAUGUGCUUGUCCAUAACGUUGUCAGUCUAAAUAAGCUUUUUCGUGCUCUUUAAACAUUGAAAGCGACAUUUCAUGAUUGUUUUCUCAGGCUAUAGACGCUAAAUAGGCGCGCGUGCACGGUGCUUAGCAGCGCAGCUCGCUCGCUCUUUCCUCUCUUUCUCAAAUUUCUCUUUUCACCCCGUGGCAGCCAACUUCUUCUUUCUCGCUUAUUAUGCAUGAGAAUUAAACGUGUCCAUUUGUGACUAUUACCAGUCAGUAUUCCUCUCACGCAGGUGUGAGGAAGAGGGUAAAACACAGCCGGCCGGGGUGAGGAAAGGGGAAGAGUGGAGAGAGAGAGAGAGAGAGAGAGAGAGUGAGAUUAGGUGAGAGGAGGAGAGUGAGAAGAAAGAAACAUUUUAAGGGAUCCCUCAGGGAAGCGCUGCUUUCUUUUCCCUUUUAUGAGGAGGAUUUUAUUAGUCUUUUAUUUUCUUCUAUGAUGACAUAGGCUGAUAUUGUUCCAAAGCUUCUACUUAAUAUGCUUUUAUUGUCAGAGCCAUUACUCCCCACUAUAUACAUAGUGACAUCCUACAGUGCUGCUGGCUGUGCUGUAGGCAGAAAUCUAUGAGGCCAUUUGCUUCUUUUAUUGUCCUGUUUAUCAAUUAAGCCUGUCUAUAAUGGAGAUCUCACACUUCCUCCAACAUAAAACAUCACUCUCCCACACACCAUCCGCUAGCAUCUCACCUCCCACAUAGCCAAACUUGCUGUCCACAGCCGAUUAUCUGGUUAUGUGCCACCAUUUGCACUAAUAGAGAGUCCCUACUUAAUGUAAUGACAACUCGAUCUGUCAGGCCGGGCACGAGCGAGGGCCGCUUAAAGGCUCAUAAGCGGUGUCAUAAGGGCAGAUUGAGGAGCUGUAAAGACACACAGGACAUGACAAAGUGCCCGUGGAGGUUGUUGGAGUAGUUUGCUGAUGUGUUUUAUUGUUUUAUGCAUAGUGUGAGGCUGUCACUGUGAACCCAGGAGUUAGUGUGUGUACGUGUGUGCCAGAUUUGCUCAGUCAUGUGUAUGCAAGGAAAGAAUAAGUGAGCAAAAAGAAAAGAGGGACAGGGAGAGGGACAGAGAGAGCGAGAGAGAUUAUGCUAACUCAAAGUACUGGGGGAAGAGGAAAAACCCAUGUAAGCAGUUUUUCUUUAGCCUAUAUAUUUAUAUAUUUAGCUGUCAGGGCCUUCACUAAUACACAGUUGGUUCUUCAGGAUUUGACAUGCUUGUCACCAACAUGGGGUUUAAAGAAAAGAGGGCAACUUCUUGUUUGAGCUGAGCUUUACCGGAAACAAGGGGGCAAACUAAGAGGAUUGACCAAAAGAAACUACUGUCAAAAACACAUAAAAAUGACACGCAUUCAGACGCUCAUUAUUUAAGAAAUUUGCAGGGACAUUUCUGUCAAGGUGCACUUUUGACAACUUGUCUGCCUCUUGUGCGAUCCCUUUUUUUCCUGAUUGGCUAUCUUCCUGGUCAAAAGUGUGAUUUGGGUUUAAACUGUUGCUUUGGGCAUGUUGCAGCAUGUUUUUGUGGCAUUUAAAUGUUACAGAUUUAUUUAGACAAUAUAUUCAGUGGCUUUUGAGGAUAGUAUUAUCUAUAAUUUUACUAUUUUCUGUUGUAUAUAUUAUAAAUACUUGUAUAUUAUCUCUUUAUUUCAACUUUUUAUCUAUUCAUCUCUUUAUUCUUACUAAUUUCACUUACUUUAUCUAUUAUUUAUCUCCUCCUUCUACUUUAUUUGCACUGGAGUUACUGUAACAAAAAGCAAUUUCCCCCUGGGGAUUAUUAGCAUGGAAGUUACUGAAAUAUGAAGUCAAGGGUGAAGUUGUCGCGCAGAUCUAACUCUACGUAUAAAGUGCAGCUGGUUAUAAACAUACCUGUUAUCCUCAAUUCAAACUUUACCUCAAACAGAUAUACAAAGUUUUUAAAAAUGUAAUACAAACAUCAUGUUAUAGGUUGUUGGAAAGUGCAAAAAAAAGUAGAGAAAAGUGAUGUUGGACCUGUAACUAAAACAAAGUUUACUAUCUGGACUGAGGGAAGAAUAGUUGCCAGUGUAAUAACUAAUCGGGACCCUAAAUACACAAAUGAAUAAAUAAAAAGUCACAAUAAGUCGAUAAAAAUGUGCCCCUUGUCAUCACCCCUCAGUUUGACUCCACUCCACUCCUCAGAGGAGCUUUAGUCUAGGAUCCAUGCAAAUGUUCUGGAGGAUUUAAAAAAAAAAUCUCAUUGUCGAACCAUCCAGAAAAUCAUUCAAUGAAGCAGUCAUUCACCCUCAGCCCGUGUCAGGUGAAAAUGAGCAGGUGAUGUGCUGACAUGGUGUCGCUGAUAGCCAUCAGGAUGAUGAUGAUGAUGAUGACGACAGUGUUCUGGCUCGUCUUAAUGACAGUUAUAAUACUUAUCAUCUGAUUACCAUUGAUGCUGCUAAUGAAGGAGACAGGUUGAAGCAUUACAUCAUAGUGAGAGCCGUGUUACAGAGCUGCAGUCAGGAGUGGGGCGCUUAAUCUGACACCAGAAGAAGAUCCGAAAAGACUUGAUUUCCCAGAAUGCUUUCCACUCUAAGAGCUGUUAGAGAAGAGGCAAACACUAGGUUACAGGGUUUCAUAUGAGAAGUAGACAAGUUGUGUGUCGUUUGACAGCAUGAAAGAAUGGAUCUUCUUGUAUUCGGUGUUAAGAUGGUGGGCUGGCAGCUUUAUCGCAGUCUUAAGAACAUGACAGUCCGUGCAAAAUGGUAGCAGCGUACAUAGCCAAUCCUGUUUUUUUUUUUCUUCUUGUGACAGAUUGUGUGCUUGUGUGUGUGUGUGUGCGUGUUAGUUUUUUUUUCUUUCCUCCGGUUGUUGUUUUUUUUCUCUCGGACACACACUGACCAAAUCACACAUAACGGGCACUCAAAUGAAGUUACGUUCGUUAUUUCAUUUAUAACUUGGCUAACAAUGCCGUUGACAUGUUGUUGUAAUGAUACAAUGCGUUGAUUCAGACCUGCGGUCACACUUGCCUAUUCGCUUAAGUAAAAAACGACCUGUUUCUGUGACUUACCCGUCCUUUCUGUCAUACGGUACACAGUCUUGGGCUUCAAAUAACCAAGUGCAAACAUGCAUACACAAAGGCAUGUUUUUUUUUUUUUAUUUCGCGGGGACAGUCCUGGUGUGCUGGUGCAAACCCAACGACUCGGUGAUAACGAGGUUGAAGUUACUUAGGAAUUUAGUUGUGCUUCAACCUCCUAACACCCUUUCUAAAUCUGAUUCAUCCCAAAAUGAGAUGUUUUUCCAAGAGAGGGAGAUGAAAACACUCUCUAGUUCUCUCUCUCCCUCCCUUCUUCUACUGCCAAAUACAGUUGAGCUCACCCCCCUCCGCUCCCCUCCUUUUUCUAUUACUCUCAUACUCUCACACACUAUCUGUUUCACACCCCGUUCCUCCCUCCCGUUCUCUCACAUCUCUCUCUUCUCUCCUCCCCUGGCACCUCGAUGUGUUUCUUUUUAAUUGAGAUGCAUUUCAAUGUGGUGCAAAUUAGCUUUCUACAGCUCCAGUCUAAACUUGCAACCUGUGUGUGUCUGAGUGUGUGAGAUUGUGUGUUCAUGCAUGUUUGUGUGCAUGUGUAAUCUAUAUGUGUGCGUGUGAAAAGAAUUCCCACAGUUGAAAGCGCUACCUUCCUGCCUGUUUCUUUCCAGCCAGCACAGCUUCUGAUGCCCCCCUCUCUCUCUCUCCCUCUCUCUCUCUCUCUCUCUCUCUCCCUCUCUCUCUCUCUCUCCCAAAAACUCACACUUUUAGUACAACAUUAAUUACACUCACUUGCUUUGGACUGUUUUACUUUGGCUGCAGGAAUUUAUGUACCCUUCCCCCCCUUCGUCCUCCCCCCUGGAUUUGAAUUCUGAUCUGUGCCUUCGAGAGAUGGCAGUGCAUGGCAGCUCAUUAGGGAGUGGGCCGGAAAUCAGUAGGGUCAGGGGGGUUUAUAGAGACAGGUUUCACUUAUGCAAUACUUGCCCUUCUCAGCUGAUCUGAUCUGGAGCUCUAUUUGCGUGAAGAGAAGUGUGGCAGGUGAUAUCCUGUGCACCGCGUCUGGUGAGGGUAGGGGCGCCGUAAGAGGACAGGAAAGCCAUUGUCACAGUCCUUUCUAAAUCUGUCUGGAAUAAAAAUGGCAGCAGCUAGAACCUGCGUUCUUUCUACAGCUGAGAGUUUGCACUUGAGUCAUCCCUGUUUUUAUAUUGCAUUCAACGAUGACGUCAUUGUGCUUCUUCACACAGAGAGCGUUUAGAUGACAGGUGCUCUCCCCAGUCUGGCUGCAGGAGAUAGUUACCUCCGUAGUCUGGUUCAGUCUGAUACAAAUAGUGUUUAGUUCUCUAACACACAAACUAGAAUAAUCCAAAUUAAAAAAAGUUUGAGCAUUCCUCCAAAACUUUUUAAAACCUUUGGGUUGUUCAGACUCAAAAGUAAAAUGAUGCAGCCAUACAUGAAUUAGAGAUGUAAAAGAAACUACUGAAAUAACAAUAUGUGUUCAGCGUUCAUAUGACGUCUGUGUUUGUGUGGCAGCAAUCCUGUUCAGUCUUUCCAGAGUGAAGGAGGAGGUUGGUGUGUCAUGGUGCCAUCAGACUUGAUUAACACUUACACUUAGGACUGGGUGAUAUGGCAAAAAUAAAUGAUUAAGAUAUAUUUUGUCACAUCUUUUUGGUAUUUUUUUAAACUGCCAGUUUUAAGCAUCUGUACUAAAAACUAAAGAAACCAGAGAUUAGAUCAACAUUUUUUCAACAUACUCUGUUUACUUCUCCGGCAACUUACAGAAGUGAGCAGGAAAAGCUCGACACUAAUUGGCUGUUGUGACGCACAUUUCCACCAUGUUUGAUUGAGUAAAUAUCCUCACAGCUGAUCACCGUGAUUGAAUUGAAAUUUAUCACAACCAUUAAUCAUGAUCAUAUAAUCGCCCAAUCCUACUUAUACUUGUGGUGCUUGAUCUGUGCGUGAUCUGUGUAGCCACUUACCCUAUUUUUCGCACUAUAAGGCGCACCUGAUUAUAAGGCGCACCAUCAAUGAACGCAUUUAUUCGCAUGUAUUUUUAUACAUUAAGGCGCACCGGAUUAUAAAGCCAAACAAAACAGUCAGAUAAGUCAAACUUUAUUGAACUCAUUCAGUAACUCCACGAGGCUACGGUAGCUUCAGUGCUCCGACAAGCCAAAAGGAUACGGUACUUUAGACACACUGCUGCUCAAGUGCCGCUGUCACCUUUCCACUUAUCGACGGGGCGGGGAUGUAAUUAUGCACCGCCCCCCCCACUCUGACCAGCCGACAAUAAUUGAUAAUCACAUGCUUUAGUAUUGUGUGUGUGUGUUUUUUAAUUCAAUUCUUUUAUCUCCAGUUAUUUGUUUAUUGACUCAAAAUUCCUCAGCUGUAGCUGAAAAGCCUCCAGGAGACGAAGCUUUUCAUGGUAGUCCUGAAAUGACACCACUGUAAGCAGAAACACCAUUGUUCAUAGAGUUCAUAGAGUUGGAAGGUUUUUGGUAACUGCUUAUUAAAUUCACAUUUCCAAGCAAGGCCUGCCGAAUAGGAAGAUGGAAAAUACUGCAGCACAACCUCAGAUUUCACAUUCAGACCUUUCUUUAAUCUUUUUCUUUUUACUGCGAAAUACUCUCAAAUUUUCAGGCAACAGAAAACAACUCAAAAGAAAAAACACUUAGAAAGAUUAUUUUUCUUUGCUUGAACUGCCUACACGUGAAGCCUGUGAUACAGGGUUGAAAGUAGACUUAUCUUGAAAAAAGGUCUCCUGCUAAAGAAGAGCCAACCGCUGAAUUAGAGGGAUCACGCAGCCUCAUUUUGAAGUGCUUUGGUGAAAAAGUUCCCAUCAUAAGUGGUGUUAAGAAAAAUUUUCUCACAACCACUUCUUGAAUAUAAAAAUCAUGAAGCGUCUCGCCGCCGCAGGUUUUUACCCCAGUUGGUCUCUGGUGUGAAGUGUGACCUAACAGUACAGGAGGAGUAUGACUUUGUGCGAUUGUAUGUGUGUGCGCACAUGUAUUUUAGAGAGCUGGAGGAGUCGUUAGGGAGAGUGAUGCUGACAGUGGGGUGACCUUGGGGCUCCCAGUCUUCCUCCUGUCGAUGAAGGGGAUGACUUAGUGCCUCCCAACCCACCAAUGAUGGCUCAUUUAUUAUCAUUAGGCACACAGUCAAAAGAAGCUGCUCAGGCCCUCAAAACAGAGCCGUACAUCUGCGUGUGAGUGCGCUGAGAGUAAGAGACAUCAGGACAGAGACAGAAAGGGAAGUCUUAUCUGUAAUGAUAAGCUCUGCACGUUUGAGCAUAUGUGUCUGUCAGCCUGUGUUUGUCACAGAAGCACCUGCCUUUGUGUUCGCUUCUGAACGUGUGUUUAUCCAUAACUUGACUCAAGACACGUCGCCUGUCGGUGCACAUCUGCCGCUUAAACGCACCAACCCCGCCUGCUUACUGUGCAGGAUAAAUAACAGCCUGUGCCAUAACCCUAACGCUACGUCACCUCAGCCAGCCAGCCAGCGACAUCGGUGGUAUAUGCGUAGAUCAGGGCGGCCUCUGUGCUAUCGUUUCUCAGCGUGAUGGAUGGAGACUUCUGCAGGCCAGUCAAUACCCAAUCUGAGCCCCACUGUCCUGAUUUAAGAUACAGCAGCACCCAGGUGACACACUCAGAAGCACGCCACUUUAAUCACUCUGAGCAUCAACUCUACGCUGCCAAGAUUGGUGUGUGGGUGGCUUACUGUGUGUUUGUGAGUGUAUGUGUGUGUAAGUGUGUGUGUAAGUGUGUGUGUUUGUAUUAGUAUCUCACUCAGUCAAGCACUGCUGUAAUCACACAGCGAUCAGGCGAGUGCCUGCCACCUCUGACAGAGUUAACAUUUCUUUGGAAUGAAAGGACAGCAACAUAAAUAAUGUGAGAUUUAUACUGUGUGUGUGUGUGUGUGUGUGUGUGUGUGUGUGUGUGUGUGUGUUGCGCUGUAACAGAAAACAUAUGUAAAAAGUAUAGAUGGAAGUUCUUAGUUACAUUUCUUGUGGGUUCGAUAAAGAGUUGAUGUGUUCCUUUAACUUUGUUUUUUCUGGUACCAAGUCUGACUUUUACACCUCUGAAAAAAUGUUGUUUUCUCAGCUAUUCUGUUCUUAUCGUUCAUAUUUAAAAUAUAAAUCCUAAACUAAAACGAAAGGUUCGAGUUAAUGUUCGUAGCAGCUCCGCUCUCUGACCCCUGCCCUUUUGUUCAGCAAAAUUGUGUCAAACCCUGUUGUUCUAUUUUUGAAAAUCUAUAUUGACAGUCUGUCAGUUGUCUGUUUUAUCAGUCUGUUUGUAUAAAGCUGAGCAGAACACACAGACUUUGCAGGGUCCAUUGAUAGAUCAUAUUUACAGUACUUCAUUUUGUGGCAUUAGCUUUAGCGGAACGAUACAAGGUAAGGAGGGAGAGGAAGGUUUAUUGUAAAACUUUAACCCAAAAUCUGUGUUCUUUUUUUGCUGUUCUGUGGCUCAAAAUUAUUAAUAUUUAAGCUCCAAACUUCAAAAAGUCAGGAGCAUCAAAUAAAAAUUACAAAGCAUCAAAUGAAACAUAACUUCUAUCUACGUUUGGUUGAGCUGUCCAGCUUAUAGCACGAGAUUCCUGCAGUGAACCUCUGCGUUCACAUUAACCACUUCAACAUCAUCCCACCAACUUCAGGAAUUACAUUUUUCCAUAAUGUUCAACAAAAAAUCCCUCUUAAUCUCCUCUCUUUGUGAGUUUGACUGACUUUGCUCGAGUUAGCUCUCCGCCGUGUGACAAUGAGGCGCAGGGGAGUGAAGUGAUAGUAGCCAAUGAGAAAUUGGCAUGGAGAGAUUAGGAUGUCAAGUAGUUGUGUUAGCGCUGGAUUAAACGACGGGUGGUGUGAAAAGCGUGCGAAGAGCCGCACAUCAUCCCGCUUUACUGAUGUCAUCAGUCUGCGCCUCUCAGCAGGCAGUGCUAAUAAACCGUCGGCCUCUGUAUUAACAAGUAUUUAAAAAAGGUUGCACUAUAACGAUCAUUUGCACAUGCACAAAUGCUCCCAGAUAUCAGGAGAAUAUAUGAUGUUGUUUUCGACAGCAGCACUUGAUAGCUGCAGCUUUAAAAUGAAUUAUAACAGUGUUGAAAGCUAUUUUGGAACAACAGGAGAAAGGCUCGCUUUGUACAAAUGGAAAGUAUCGAGACAGCAGUAUUUUUUUAUAAAGCCUUUAUCUGUCUCCCUGAAACAGAUGGCUACAUUUCUAAUUACUUUGUCAAAUGGAGGACUUGUUAUUUUUUUGUUUGGAUUGUGUUGAAUGCGGCUUUUUUUUACUACUAAGAGACUGAAAGGAUGUGGAUGGUUGGGCAUGCGACGCAUACAGAUCACCUGAGGGUAAGAUUUGUGUCCUGUGCGUCACUUCAAUUCUUCAGUAUAUUUAGGCUACUAGGCCACACGAUUAAAGGUAUGAGGAAGCUUGUGGUUUUGGUGGUUUUCCAUCAUGAGUCAGCUUCAAGUCGGGAUUUACAUUUUCUCUGCGUUUACCCACGAACAUUGUCUUUCUCUAGCACGUUGUCGGUGGCAUAAACAGCCCCUUAAAAACAUUACUCAUGCACAGGAUUGGAUUUGGAGGGAGAAUCUGUGACAUCAUUUGAAUGUGAAUGAUUUUUUAGAUUAAAUAUUUUGCAUUUUCUAAAACAGCUAAAACGUUAUUAAAAAUUGUAGUUCAGUAAUUCUUUUCCUGAACGUGGCGAAACAUUUCUCCUGUGCUUCUUCUUCUUCUGGAUUGCUGCAUUUGCAUACGUGGUACAAACAAGUACAUUUAGCAAAAAUUGCUCUAGGAUUAAAAAAAAAAAAAAGCAACAACUCAAGAGUGAAAAGGUGGGCAACUUAGAUCCAGCUUCCUCGUAGUUUACACUCCACUGCUGUUUCAGUUUAUGAGCGCAUCAUGCAGCAGAGAACGCUUCAGUACGUACGGUAAUCAAAGCAAGAUUGUGUUUGUAUGACUGAGCGGCUGGAUAUCGCUACUUUAUCAGGGAGUAAUCUGUUUGCAUUGCUCCAAAUUGUUCCCUCUUGACAUGUCAUCGCUCACAUACAUGCACAACAGAUACUUAGUUGUGUACACACACGGACACACACACACACACUUCUACGGCCCCUCCCCUCCAGCCCCUCCGCUUUGGCUGUUAGUCUAAUUUAUGAGGUGCCGUUAAUUUGGCCUAAACGCUCGUUGCGAGACCUCCCUCCUCUCUCAUCCCUUCAUCUCUGCAUCCCUCCUUCUCGUCCUCCUCCUCAUCAGUCACUCGGCAGAGUAAAUCAGAGGGGUGGUAUUGCACAGCAGGCAAUACAUAGACUGGACACCUUGACUAAUAUACCGCUGUCCUUCUCCCUCCCUCUCUCACUCUCCUGCUGUCUGUCUAACUCUCUCUGUGCCCCCUGUUCUCUUCUUUCUCUCCAUCACUCUUGCCUGCUGUCUAAAUCAAAUUUGGCUCUUCUCCUCUCCUUCCUUUCCUCUCUUUUUUUUGUGUGUGUAUCUACACAUCUUUUCCUCUUUCCUUUGCGUCCUCCCUGUGCUUUUCUCUCCCCUCCCUUUUUUUCUUCUUCUUUCUACCCACUGUCUUCGUACUUCUGUCCUGCACUCUCUCCGUCUUCCUCGCUCCCUUACCUUGCCUUGCUUCUCCCUGCCGCCUCCCCCAUCCUCCUGUUCUCAUGUUAGGUGUAAAUUUAGAACAGAAGGCAUGAGGGGAUGCUUUGUAUAUGUGUGUAUCUCUGCCAGUGUGUGUGUGUGAGAAAGACAAACUCCACAUGAAAGCUUCUCAGAGUCCCCGUACAGCGCUCAGAUGGGGCUGAUUAAAAACCUAAAGCCUUGGUUUUUCAUCCACAUUUAAGGCUCCACAUAAAAAUCAGAUACAGUGCACACACACACACACACACACACAUUCAUGUGCACAUAACACACGCACGCACGUGUUUCCAGCCUCAUUAUCCGCCUCUGAUUUCUCUGUUUUGCUUCUAUCUUCUUAUUCCUCUCUCCCUCUCUCUCAAAGUGAGUGACUGAAGGUGAUUCUUCCUGAUACGGUGGAAGUGAACAGAAACAACAUUUGAGACUCCCCCAUCACUUUACGCCACGUUGUCCUCUCUAAUUCUAUACAUCGCGCACACACACACACACUCGGGAGUUACCCUGCGCUGUACUCACCGUCCAGCACACCUAUACAUCACUGUUCAUCUCUCCUUCUAUCUCUCUCUCCUUUUUCUCGGUGUCCCUUUUGCAUCCCUCUUCCCCCCACCGCCCUACCCCACACUUCCCCCCUCUCCUCCCUCAAUCAUUCAGUGUUUCAUGUCUAUUUAUUUUCCUCCUUUUCUCUCUCAUUUCUCAUCUUUCACAGCCUCGUUUUCUCUCACGCACAACCAAUCUCCUGACUUUUCCCUGUCCUCUCUCUUCCUCCCUCUCUCUUCUUCAAAUUCCCACAGCACACAGGGCUUAGCUACUUCUCAAUAAGUGUAACAACAUCUAGCCUCCUGUUCUCUAGAUUCCCCCCCCCCUCCUCCUCCUUCCUCCCUGCCUCUCUCUCUCUCUCUCUCUCUCUCUCUCCCUCUCUUUCUGUCACUUCUCCCUCUUUCUCCCUCUCUCUCUCGGCGGGCUUCCUACUGGUGCACACUUCUAGUCACAAGACAAAGGAUGCUACCUCUGCCUUAUCCCUCUGUGUAUUAUAUAAAGCCACCAUGCUAUCAUUAAGCCAGGACAAUUUAAAAUACCACCUCAUGCUAUAUAAAGAUCAGACCGUCUGUAGAGCAAAGGAUCCGCUUAAUUAGAAAAGAAAAGAAGCAGACAGUAAUUUAAAAGAACAUCCACUGCAUAGUUUAUUCUCCGUUUGAGCUGUGAUUCAUCCAUGUCAUAGACAUCCUGACACACUUACUUUAAUUUUUUAUUUAAAAAGGCAUUUAUUGCGAGAGAUAAAGCUUAAGGCUAGACUUUCAAUCUGUGAUCUGAGGGCAAGUGCCGCCAGCGAUGUUCAGCAUGAUGUUGCAAAUGAAAUUACACUAGCAGCAGUUUCGACUAAAUUAUAAGAUCUGGCCUCAAAACAAAAAACAACAUGACGUCAGUAUUGCAACUAAAAUUUAAUUCAGAGUUAAAAAAGUAUGAAAAAAGAGGGUCUAAUAUGGGUGAACUGGAGCGUAGUUUUGAAUCUGACAGAAGAAAGAGAAUUUAGAGAUGCAGAAUCGGUUAAUUUCCUUCUGAAUUUUAGUAUUGAUGCAGCACAAGGAAUGUCAUUGACUAUAAUUUUGAGCAUAUUUUUUUUAACUUCCUAAGAUUAAAGUGUUUCACUAAAUUCAGCAUUCAGACAGCAUCUGAUAAAAAAAGAGCCAAACCCUGUGGACUGAAGUCUAUCACAGCAGUUCUUUUCAGUGGAGGCUCUUGCUGACCUUGGAAACAACACGACAGGUUGUUACAAACUGCGGUGAAGGAAAAUGUCGGGAUGAACCACCAAAAUAAACUUUGAAAAAAACUUCUCAGACAUUUGGCUUUGAGAAUUUUUUUCAUUUUUGGCAUACGUCUCAUUUUAGUGAUUGAUGUGUAUAAGUCGAUGUCAAGAGUGCAAAAUGAGCCAGUUGUAGGGCUGGGCGAUAUGGCCUCAAAUAAAUAUCACGGUAUAUUGAGCAGUUCACCUCAAUAACGAUAAAUACGAUAACUACUCCACAAGCUGCUCACCCCCUCCCACAUUAACCCUCGUCUACUUCAGCCGCUCCAACUUUUGAACCGUCCUCCAUCUCCUCACCUGUCUUUCCCUCUUUGUUAUGGACUGGAUAGGGUGGAGUCACAUCUGGGACCAUAGCCUACCUACACAAAACCAACUUUUAUUUAUUUAUUUAUUUUGACACCAAAUAUAUUGACGUCCGCAAAAUGACGCUGGUUAUUGUUGUAAAUUUCGGCGUUGGUAAAUUUUCGGUUUAUCGCCCUAGACAGUAGCUAAUUCUGAUAGCCAUGUUUUAGGUUUUUGGUCUUGUUUUUGAUUCUGAACUCUUGCUUCUGGACCAGUGAUCCAUAAAAGAUUAUCUUUCUAAAAACAUAAGUGAAUGUUGUUCUAGUUCGUCUUUUGGAUUUAUCUGCAUUUACAGAUUUCAGCCCUGAAGAGGUGACUCACAUGAAUCAUACUGCCAGUUACAAAAGCACCUUUUAAAAGAAGACGAUUAGCCUGAUAGUGAGAAAAGGAAAUUAUCAGAACUUAAGGCUUAAAUGUGGGACCUUUCUUCUGCUUAUGUCAGUGAGAAACCUGUCAUUUUUAAUCAACGGUGCUGAGCUGUGUCAGAUGAUUGUUUAUUUGUGGUGCUGUGCUUCAUUUCAGAGUACUAUUGUACAAUGUGAGCCUUCAGCUACUGGCACUGGAAACACCAGAGUGCAAAUUAAGUGUGAUCUGGAUUUGAUUAAUGCUUUCUUUUUUACAAAAAGAAGCUGUAACUGGCUUUGAUGUCCCAAAGGUUCAGAGCUUGGUAGCUUUAUUCAAUAUCUGUCAAUAACUGCCUGUAGAGGAAUUAUUACAUUACUUGUGUGUGUGUGUGUGUGUGUGUGUGUGUCUAUUAGGGCUGCAGCUAUUGGAUAUUUUAGUAAUCGAGUAUUCUACUGGAAAUUCUAUCAGUUAAUGGAGUAAUCGGAUAAUUAUUACUUUUGUUUAGUUGUAGAGAAAUCAUAAUUGACAGAAAUCAAGACCUCUGCAGGGCUAAUGUCAUGUCAGCAAGAUACAUUUGCGUUCAUCGGAUUAAUUUUCGCUACGUCAACUAGGGGUGACCGGGUUGGUGCUUGUAAUUGGUUUGAGUAAUGUAUGUGCGGAGACAGGGGUUGCAAUGCAAAGGUGAGUGCCUGUUGCUGUGUGAAUUUGUGGAGGGUACUGAAUUAAAUUAUAGAUUUAGUCUAGCACAACAAAUUCCAGGAUGAUUUAAAAAAUCUGCCUGGAAACAUUUUACGGUCUACAAAAGAGGAAAUAUCUGGGGAAAAUAAAACGUCUGGUGGUCACCCUGUACGUUACUUUAAUUUUACCUUGUCUCGGAUCCCCCACUCUUGGAGUAAACCGGGUGCCUUGGGUGGAGAUGCUGCAGAGUUGAAGUUGUACUGUCACAGUAUGCAUGGACAGUCUUACAGUGAAUACAUGUAACAGUGUUCGCCUUGAUAUCCAUCUUAAAAUGCUCCCACACUUUAUCUUAUUCUUCACUUUUAUCGUCUUCUUUGUCUUUCCUCCAUUCCUGCUAAAAUCAAACACAUCCACCCCCUCCUCCUUCUUCCUUCUUUGAUUGUGUGACGUCAGCACUAUGUGCCACAUUAAAAGUCAACUGAGCGAAAUACCGUGCUGUGAGCUGUAAGAAUUAAAUGAUUACUCUCGGUGGAGGGAUUUUUUUUGUCACCAGGAGUGUAAACCUUACAUGAGACUGAAACAAAGAGCUGAUCAGCUUGCAAUUGUUAAAUGAUGCAACGUAACAGACAUGUGUUAAAUGGAGGCCAGGGUAUCAUUGGCCAUGCUUUCCCACCUUUCAGCACAGUCAAUAAAGCUUUAACAAGCUGCCAGUAAACUAUAGAUCUGUUAGUGAUAGUUAAAUGGUAAAAAAAAUAAAAAAAACCCUUGGUAACACUUAACUUGACACCUAUCUCUAUAACACAUUAUAAAUAUAUGUAUAAUGCGUUAUAAUCACGUUAUAGCACUGUAUAACUAUAGUUAUAAACACUCAUAAAUGAUCAUAAUGCUUUAUAACAAUAAUCAUAACACAUUAUAAAGCAUUUUAUCAUGACUUACAAGGUCAGGUAUUAUAAUGUGUUAUGCUUAUUAUUACAAAGCCUUAUGAUAAUUAAUGAGUGUUUAUAAUGAUAGUUAUACAAGUUUAUGACCAACUAUAACACAUUAUAAAUAUAUGUAUAUUGCAUUAUCUAUAAGGGCAUUGUCAGUGAGUUGUUAACAGUUAUAACUCAUUAUAAUACCUGACAUUGUAACUCAUGAUAAAAUGCUUUAUAAUGUGUUAUGAUUAUUGCUAUAAAGCAUUAGAGCCAUUUAUGAGUGUUUAUUACUAUAGUUAUACAGUGCUAUAACGUGACUAUAAUGCAUUAUACAUAUAUUUAUAAUGUGUUAUAGAGAUAGACGUCAAGUAAAGUGUUACCAAAAACUCAUUUUAGUUAUCUUGAGUCAGAGGAAACACAAACACAGGUAAUGUGCAAUACUGCUGUAAGUUCUUAGAUAUUUUUGUUCAUCCAUCACACUUCUAAAUGAUGUCUCAAUAUCGAGCAAUGUUAAUGCACAUCUCUUUUUUUUUUUAUAUUGCACUGGCCUGAAGUCAGAUUUGCAAGUAAAAGCCUGAACCGAGUGAAGUAAAAUAGGGAAUGAGUUUUAUUUUGGAAACAAGUGUUGUAUGUAUUAUUUUUGCUACAGAUAGAGAAGAAAGAAAACUUUGUACCCAAGUCACCUUUUUUCUAAAAUGUUGAUGUCUUCAAUAUAUGUUGAUUACUGUAAUCAGUGUCGUUAGUAAGUCGCAGGUUUUGGUUAUCUACUCUAUUGAGCGACAUGACAAUUAUUCGAAGUCCAACUAAUCGAACCCGAAGCUGGAGGAGGAUAACUGAAUAUGUUUUGUAACAUUUACUGCUGCUUAGAUAGUAACCUGAGGUUUAGUGUUGGCUUUGGAGGUUUCAUUUUGAAGGGAAAUCAAUUACUGAAUGGCUGAAAAAGAGCUGCAUAAUUGAUUAUUAAACAGUCAUUGCAGCCUGAUGAAGCUUAAUGGUUAUAGAUUAUCAGGAAAAGCUAUCUGUUAUUUCAGUAAAAAAAAAAAAAAGAAAAACAUCAGUUAAAGUUUUAAUGCUGAUACAUUUAAGAUAAGAUGUAAAUCAAAUAUCAAAUACAUUAUAGCUUUAUUUUUCCUUUUUCAUGGUCUUCAUAAUACAGAAAAAUCUAUCCGUGUGUUUCAGUCAGAACUAUUUUCUUGUUUAGUAAAUAUUAUGUAAUUGCCCUCAUGACUGACUAGUUGAAUUAAAUUCAGCUGUAAAUGGAUUCAGGUCAGGUUCUUUGGGAUCAGCAGCUCAAAUCAGGAGCGAUCAGCUUCUGGCGUUGCCGGCAGUCAGGUAAGUGUGGGAUGGUGGUUUAGUUUUAAAGGGAGACACUUUUUUUCUCUCUCGAUCUAAACUUGAAUUGCUGAGCACACUGAUGAGCAUUCAACAUUAGUAUUACUGAUGUAGUAAUAUAUGGAUUUACAUGUGAAAACAGUGUAAAGGUUUAAGACUUAAAAUGAUCAAAAAUCAUUGAAAGACACACAACUGAGUUCAUCUUCCUAUUUAAAUCCAUUGUGUGUGUAAGUGUGUGUGAGAGUGUGUGUGUGUGUGUGUGUGUGUGUGUGUGUGUGUGUGUGUGUAUCCCUGUGAGAUCUCUGGGAGGCAGGCCAAGUGUCUCUGGCUAAGCCAUCUCCACUUGCAGUGUGUGUGUGUGCGCGUGUGUGUGUCUGUGUGUGUCUGUCUGUUCAGCCAGACACACACAAGACAGAUAGAAGCACCAGUCUGCUCAGCCCUCCAGUUGCACCAAUGUAAUCAGACCUCAGCAGCCAUAAAGCACCGGCUAUGGACAUUCUGCCUGGCAUGCUGUCACACGCACGCACGCACACACACACACCCUGAAAAGUCCUACGUACGCAGAUACAGGAACAAAUUCCAAUGUAGAGUCAUGCAGCAGGAUGAAUUUUCUUGCCACACAUACGCAAAUGCAAUAAAUAGCGCUGUUACAUUGGCUCACACUCAUUGGUACACAUUGACACGUAUAUAUAUAUAUAGGCACACACAUGCAUUCAGAAAACACAAUCCUGUGGAUUCGGAAAAAACACAAAAACAUUCCACCGUAGACGCGUGCAUGAGGACGGAUUUACAAGUCACGCAAGCAGCAAAUACACACACGUGAAAAACAGCACUGCUCCAUUGGCAAACAGGCAUUUCUAGACACUGGCUAACACACUAACCCAUAGCUUAGACAGAAGCAGCGAGUGUGUUUUGGUGGUCCUCCAUAAGGCCCAGUGCCCAAAGAACUUAGCCCAACGUGUCCUGGUCUGCUGGGGCAGGAAGGAUGUCUUCGGGCCCAGAGGGGAUCUUCAUCAUAUUGCUCAUCCUGCCAACAGCUAUCAUACGUGUGUGUUUGUGUGUGUGAAUCGUGUGUGUGAUUCAUGCACGCUUGUGUCUUUAUCUCCCUCUCUCCCUGCUAUCACUCUUUUAGCACCUCCAUCAGUAUCUGUUUUCGCCCCUUCACCAGCGCCUGCGUCUUGGGCCAUUUUGUGUCUGUUUGUCUUUUUGUUAUCUUUUGUUCGCCUCCUCUACACAGUAACACUCCACAUCCCCCUCUGUUCUCCUCUCUCUCUCUCUUUUCCUCUUUCUCUCCAGCUUUGUGGUGUGAACGAUGGUGGAUGACUGUGCUUUAGGAGAUUUACUGCUGGAUCCCAUCUCUGUCAGGUGUCGAGACUAAAGCACGGGAAAAAUACAGAGCGAUGAAGGGAGAGAGGGAGAGACAGAGCGCGAGAGAGAGAGAGAGGGGGAGCAGCAGAUGGAAGAUAGAGCGGUACACAGGGAGAUGAGGAAGAGGGAGAGGGAAUGGAAUCAGAGGAUGAGGGUGAAGAAAGGGAUGAGAAAGAGAGGGGCUUAUGCGGGUAGAACAGAAGAAGAGAAAUGUGAACAGAUUGUAGAAGAGAAAGAGGCUACACUCUGUUUUUUAAAACAGUCUCUGAAUAUAGUUUGACAGAACAAGCCUCCUCCUCUGCUUUAUACCUUAGCAGAAACACACAAAAACACACAGUCAGACACUUACAAACACAAGCAAAUGAGUUCAUGCUGUCAGUUUCAGGUCCAUCAAACUUAACGGGAGCCAAUUUGUAUUCCUCGGUAAAUGUAAAGAUUCGCCCGUUUUGAUCUAAAGCGAACUCUUGAUGUGGACUCUUUGGGAGGGGUUAAAGUUUUGGCCAAAGGGUCACUGUGAGUGCGUUUAACCCGCUAAUAAACCGUUCACACACUUUAAUGACCCCCCAGAGGAAACAGACUUCUACGCCUUCAAAGGCCAGGCCGUCUCCCUCACUGCGAAGCUGAUCAUAUACAGCUCACUGCGCCUGUGAGGUCCGUACAUUUAUUAAUGCAGUUAUUUUCUUUGACACUAAAAUGAUUACCUCCCAGGACUUACAGGGUGAAUUCAUGUGGAGGAGGCCGUUUAUUUGAUCAGUCAACAAUCAUGUGAAUUAGAGUCAGCUUACUAUUUAAGUUGUUUCUCCACUGAUUCAUGACAAUUCAAAAUAAAAUACAGUGUUUUUCAGGCCAUAAGGCGCACUAUGAAUUCACGCGUCUAUGUUCACAUGUAAGGCGCACUGGAUUGUAAGGCGCAUUAUGCAAAACAACGAAAUCUGGUAAAUCAAACUUUAUUUAACUCAGUUGUAACAACAAAUACCGGUACAGAAAAAUACGCUCAGUUAUUGAUUCAUUCAUUUUCCACAAAUCCAUCGAAUUCUUCAUCUUCAGUGUCUGAGUUAAACAGCUGUGCGAUCUGGGCAUCAAGCAUGUCCGGGUCCCUCUCGUCGUUAUCCGAGUCAGUCUCAUUGCUGUUACCGGUACUUGGCUGUUCAGUGAUGAUUCAAGCUUUCGUGAAAGCUCAGACGGCAGUUACCGUAAUGCUCCGAAUAUCUACUGAGCGGAGCAGCUUAAUUGCUCACCGAAGUCGUUCUUAUGUGAACCACAUAAAAUCAGUCAGUAAGCAUAACACGUAAUCAUACCUAAGGUGUGCUGGAUUAUAAGGCGCACUGUCAAUUUUUUAGAAAAUUUAAGGAUUUUAAGUGUGCCUGAUAGUCCGAAAAAUACGGUACUGUUUUUUAUUAAAAAGUGUGGGCAUGAUCUUUUUACAAGUAUGUCAGUUUGUGGAUAAUAUUGCAUGACCAAAAAGUGAUGGUCUGUUUUCAUCACCAGUGACUUUCUUUUUUUUUUUUUUUACACAAAAGUAACGGAGCAGAAAUUUAUGAUGGUGAGUUAAUUUAAAAUUACAAUCCUAGCAAGGUGAGCAAGGACAGGAUCCCCUAUCAGGGAUGGUGGCUCCUCAGGCCUCUCAAACAUCACAGCCCAGUAACUGUCAUUAUCAUCAAGUCCAGCCUGAGACGGCGACUAGUUUCUUUCCACAAUGUUUACUAAUCAGCAUCACAGGAACUUCCUGUCCUUUUCUGCACAGCCAUGUAAUAAAUAGUUAUAAUCUACAAUCUAAACCAGUCCGAUGAAACCCGCUGUGCAAACCCUUUCUCUUGUUUUACCUACAAAUUUGAUGUGCAUGGAUCUAUAUUAGAUGCUAUCAAGAAGUAGCUCAUAAAGCGCCACUGCUCCUCACACUUGAAGACAAAAAUAGCACUGCAUCAAAGCACCACAAGGGGCUGCACUGAUGUGGGCGUGUGGCUACAGGUACCGGCGAGGAGAUGAGAUAUAAAACCAGGAAGUCCAGACUGAAGCGUUAUCAUAGAACAAAACACAGCACUGCAGUUUAUACCCCUUUGAGGGAGGAUUUUACAACUCUGAUCACAUCAGCAGUAUUCCGCUCCUUAGUCUAGAUGCAUCUGAGGGUUUCAGUAGCAUUAGCAUGUUGCUGCGUAGCACAGCGAGAGGCUAUAGAUUCACAGGAGAACAAUGAAACACUGUAAACACCAGAACAGUUAACAACAUGCAGUAUAUAAAGCAGAUGAUGAUGUAAGUGUCUGCUCCUCUGCUAAUGUUUGUCUUCUGCAAAGUGAUGUUUUGUUAAAAAAUGUAGCCCUGUGAUCACACCAGGAUAUAGUGAUUGUCAGGUCUGUACUCUAGUGAUCCACUUCACACUAUAUUAAUCUGUAAAUGACAGCAGUGCUGCCAGCACUGUCAGAACAAUCUGGACACCUCAUGUCAUCAAAACAUAGCUCCUAUUCAGAACACCCCAGCUUACAGUUCUCGCAAUUUUACAUAAAAGAGGAGAAGGAUGGUAAACAACUAUUCAAGUCAAGCGUGUGCAAUAAAGAGAUGAUUCCUCAAACACAUAAACAAGUAAGAAAAACUUCUGCAUUUAAAACCAGCUUCACAAAGUCGACAUUAAAGAUGGAGUUCCUUCAAAGUUACAUGAACUAAUCUGCUGCUCUUUGAUUUAGGGACUUUUUAUGUGUGAUAGCUUCUACAUCCAGAUGUUGUUUUUACCACACGUCUUUUUAAGAAGAUAAAUCACUUUCAGAGCAUCCAACUUUUUUUUCCUUGAAAUGUACUAUUCUAGUUGUCUGUUUAAAAUUCAUUUUUUUGCAGUCUUUCUGUUAGUUUUGCUUUUUGUUCUAAUGAAGAAAUUCUGCUUUCAGAUGUUCUGGUGGUUUUUUGGUCUUGAAUAGAGAAAAGGUCAAUUGAUUCAUAGAGCAAGAUUUUUAAAAAAGUGACUCAAAUAGUUAAAAUAGCAAGAGACUGACUGAGGCAUCAAAAGGAAAAUAACACAGAAAUUACUUUUUAGAAUAGUGGACCAAAUAUUUUUACUAAAUAAUUAUGUUUCACUUGAGAAAAUCUACCAGAAUUGCUAAAAACUGAGCAAAAAACAGGAACUUCCAUUGGAAAAUGUUAACAAAGAUAAUACUGUGUGUACAGAGUAGACUGUCAAUAAAGAUACUUCUCACAUAGUACGAAAGUGAUGCCAAAUUACUACAAGUUUUGACAUUUUUCUGUUUUCAAGCAAUAGGAUUUUAGAGAGCUUGGAUAUUAAUGUUUUUAAAUUCAAAAGACAGUGGCUAAAAUGCUUCAGAUCAUCACAGCUUACAGAGUCUAGUUGAAACAUACAAAAAGUUGUAAAAAGUUUGCGGCCUAUGCAAGUGUUUUUUUUACAUUUUGUCUGCCGACAUCUUCUCUUCUUUGCUAAUCAGGUGCACACAGCGCCACAAGAGGCCACCAUGGCUAGUUUAAGUAUUGUUUAAAAAAAUACACAAGUUAUGCAUGAGAUUGUUUCUGCAUCUAAAAAUCAAAAUCAUCUCGUCUUUAUAUACAGUCUAUAAUCAUGACAGACUUUUUCCUUUAUCUGAAUCCUUUUAAUAUUUUAUUAUUCUGAAAAAAGUGACCUUUAGUUAGGGCUGGGCGAUAAAACGGUAACAAUAACUUCCCUUAUUAUUGAUACGAAACAUGGUCAAUAUGCUUGGUAGACUAUAUGACUAGCCAAUGAAAAGGGGAGUUGCUUCGGGUCUUCACUGCGCUGAACCGACCAUUCAGUUCUCUUUCUCUAGCGUAAAGACGAAAAGACCUCACAGAUGCAGUAGCUUAUUGUAUUGCAAAAGACAUGCUACCAAUAAGCACUGUUAAAUUUCAUUUUUUUAUAUCGUGAUAUAUAUCGAUAUCUACUGAUAUUAAAAAAUAUGUAUCGUGAUAAACUUAUUUCCAUAUCGCCCAGCCCUACCUUUACUGUGAUCACAAAAUCACACAUUUGUUGUCUUACUAAGAGCUCAAAAAUGAAGUUUACCUCUGUUGUGAAUGUAUCUGCAUGCUCAAAUGAGUACAUUAUGCACCGUGAAGUAAACUAAAAAAUCAAAGUAGGGAGAUGUAUUGGGAGGGAGAGCGGAACCAGAAAUGGUUGGGAGCACCCAUCUGUCAAAGAAAAAAGAGAUGAGAUGAGCUGAAAGACAGAUAGAGUGGUCUAAAGAGAGGAAAAAAAAGAAAAUCAGACAUGGGGGUAUGACCGGGGGUCUGACAAACUGCAAACAGCAUGUGAAUGUACAGACACAGGCUGUGAGACAGACAAAAAAGGAGGGAAUCAACAGAGCAGAGAGAGGAAACAGAGAAGAGACAGAGACAGGAAGAGAGAGUGAGAGACAGGCAGCCUGAGAGAGUGACAGAGUGCUGUCCUGAGAGAGAGAGUGUGUGUGGGUGAGUGUGAGAGCAGUGCAAGCUAACUCGUCUGUCAAUCUCGAUCUGUGAUUGACACCCCGGGGUCCAGUGCUCCUCUCAUAGCCCGUCGGCUCUUCCUGUCAGGAUGUAGGGCAUAGGGUCACGCACAUACACACACAUGCGAACGCAUAAAGAGAAGGUUACAUGCCUUUAAGAGCGAGCUCUGUGAUGGACACACACUCGCAUCAGAGAAAAAAUGGUAUCAUUGUAAAACUUGCAUAUGUGUGUCUCUUUGGGUCGACACGCACACACAUGCACACAAACUACCAGCAGAGACGCACACACAAAGACGAGGUCCAUUAAAGGUGAGGUCUCCCGAGUGGUCCACUCUUGCUGACUGGGCCUUAACCUUUGACAUAUGACCUUUAACCUUUGUGCAGUCAGCAAUACAUCUUUUCCCAGGACCCAUCAUUCAUAUAAGCCUGUAUUUAUAUGUAUGUGUGUGUGUGUGUGUGUGUGAGCGUGCUUUUCCAUGUGUGGGUAUCUUUUUUUAUGUUUAAACACUCCAUCCAGUUUUUAAUUUACCGACCCGCUCUUGUUUUCUGCUUCCCCCUCUCUCUCUUUCAGACACACAGGCAGUAUAUUAAACAAGUGAGCGCAUGGAAUUGGAAAAAAAAGAUACACAUUUUAAUAUUUACACAAAUAAACACACACAAACAGGCAGAUGAGUCUGCUCUGAAAGGGCAGGAUGAACAGUUAUGUGUCCUCUACAUUGUGUGUGACAGUUAUUGUUACCUCCUGGCAGAAACAGUGGGUAUAUGUUUCUGUGUGUUUGGCUGAAAAAUGAGCAUAUUCAGAAAUGCACUUGUAUUUUAUUCAAGCUAUACAAGGCAGGGACUUGUGUGUUUUUAUACAUACUUUUUUUUUGGUUAUAUGCCAACUCAAGUUCCAGUUUUGAGGCAUUUCUGGAGAUAACAAUCAGACCGAGAUCAGUCAGUUUCAUGCAGGUUGAUCAGCUGUGAUGUCAUGCAGUGAAGGCAUGAAGCAUAUACACACAGUUUUCCAAAUGGCAUUUCUUUCUCAAAUGAACAUUUCUCUUUUUAAUCACUAAAAUAACACAAAAUAGUACAGUCUGUGACCAGGCAGGGAGGCAAUCAUAGUAUAGGAUUAUGAGGUGAUACUCACAGUGGCUGCUCCCCAGAGACUCCCCCUAUCUCUUGAGGCAGCCUUUGAUUUUAUUGUGUUUGUAUCUUCAUAAACAUGUCUUCUCAGACUUAAAUCUUGAGCAAAAAAGCAGAGCAACUUAACUCUGUAAACAUAGACACUAAUGUCCAAACGCAUUAACAUACAGGCAAAGAUAAUGGCUCGACUUCAUUCUGACAUUGCAGUUUAUUAUCAUAUCAUUUGCUGUGUCCUUGCAGCUAACUGUAAAUGACAUUUCCCUUUGUUACUGUGUAUGUCAUUCUCACAGUGGGAAAGUCGAGUGAAAACUAUCUUUAAUGCAUGCAUAUAGAGUUAAAACCAAUCCACAAAAGAAGAUAUCAAACUAUAGUGAAAAUGGGUGUGUAUAAUGAGGGGUAUUUGCAUAUUAUACUGUUGAGAUUGUGAAAAACAUAGUCAUGUGUGUGCACACGGUUACUUUUAGAAAUCCUUUAGAUUCAUUUGAAUUAGAGCCAAAGCAUAAGGGGCUUUCUAUGACACUAUGUUUUUCAUAUGUAUUUAAAGUCCCACUCAGAUCCUUUUUGUUUCACCACUUAAAGUGUUCUCAGUGGAUUUUAAAUUGUGAUGAUGAAGUUUUUAGCCAAAAUCACGUUACCUGUGUCAUUUUCAAGGACUUUUCUUCUGCAGAGCUCCUGUAGAUCAUUAGCAAUUUGCCUCUGAGUCGUGGGCGGAGACAGCGCUGCUCUGCACACUCCUCUUCACGCUAGCUUGCAGCCUAACAUUGUCGUUGUAGUAGAAGUAACAUCGGAGCUAUUCAGCUCUCGAACACUGAUGUCUUUGGGGAUAUGAUGAAAGUUAAAAUCAUCAUUAGCUUUCUCACGAGCACUGCAAUUCGCUAACGCACUUACUUGUUCCAUGAUCGUCCUCUCUAUUUCUCCUCUAUAUGCAGAGUGUAGCCUGCAUUAACGGGACUCUGGGGGCGGAGCUUGAAUUUGCUACGUAGGAAAUCUCACUUUUUCUGAACCUGUCAUUUGGGUCUGCCAGAGAUUCUCAGAAAUUUGAAUGAAGAAAUACUCAGAAAUACAGUUUUGCAUUUAGUUUCCUCAUGAUUUGUCCUGUAGCAUCAGAAAAAAUGAUUUUUAUUGGAGUGGGUCUUUAAGAUAUGUCAGGAGAAAAAGAAGCAUUCAGGUAUAAAUAUCAUUCUUUAAAACUGCAGUGAAAAUAAAGCCUAUGACAAUUUGAGGAUACAUCUCAGAGAUGUAUGAGGACAGAUGAUUUCUUUAAUCAAAUAUCCAGCGAACUAGACUCAUCAAUUUCAGGAUGUUGAAACAUGAGCAUUGUAGUGGAGGCCAAUUUUAGCUUCGCUGUCUUAUUUUCAAAGUAGUGUUACGUUGGCAUGUAAGUCAGAAAAGGUUUUUUCUGACACUGUCAGCUGUUUGAUGGCAUGGUCAAGCUGAAGGGCAAAGCUAUUUCUAUGUGUAAGGUUUCAUACUUAGGUACCUGUACAUACAAUUUUUUAACACUGAGAAGGAAAAGAGUGAAAAGAAUAUGCAGCUGGUAAGAAGCAUGCAAAGACUGCCAUUAUGUUUGACUUUAAGAGGUUUUGUUAGAUUUUUAGUUUUGAGAGCAAUCAGCAAAGACAUAAGGGCCACCACUUUGUCCUCAGGGGGCUUCACAAUCAACGCAAACUAGAAGUUCUUCCCAGGAGCUUUAAAAACACAAUUAAAGAUUUGUUUUUAUGUUUUCUGUUGUUUUGUUUUUACAGAAUAAAAACUUCUACAUACAAUAUUUUUAAUGACAGAGACGAGGUUUUGAUGGUUUCAUUAAUCCAAGAUCAUGAACAGUAACCACUCAACUAAUCAUUCAUAGAUAAAUAAAUAAAAAUAUAUAUAAAAAUGAAAAAAAAUCAAAUGCAGCUGCGAUGACAGUUUUGAAAUGACAGAAAUGGCACAUUUUUCUAAUCAGUCUUGCUUAACACCUGCAUGAACAGUGGUGUGAAGAUGACUGAUCUGUAGCAAACGGCGUUCAUUAAUGGAAAUAGAAAAGAUGCACUGAUACAUGUUGUAACUGUGUCGUGUUUUUUCUUUCUUUUAAAAUAUCUCAUGCAGGGUUUUUCCUGGCUCAAAUUGAGGCAGAGGUGGCACCAUCCUGACCAUGCGCCAUGACGUGCAUGUAUUUGUAAAUUCAACUGACUCACUUUCUUUUACAGGCAACAUAGUUUAAGUUAAGAGUUCAAAAAAGAGUGUGACCAUUAUCAUGUUAAAGCAUUCAUUUAUUAAAACUAUAUACAUACACAAAUCAGCUGGCAACUUUAAAUUGAAAGUACACUUCAUCCACACAUCUCACAACCAGACAGAACAUUUCAGCCUCCUCUUUUUCAUUCUGUAGAACCUCCUCAUGCACUCCUUGUAGUCCAAGGCCUCCUGGUCUGGUUCAUCAACGGCCACCUUACAACAGACAUCCAAGUGCCUCUCCUUCAGUCUGUUCCACAGAGGUGUCUUCACCUUAAACAAAACAAUUCAUCAUGCAUGAAGUAUUUUUGUUUUUUAUUCUGAUACAGACUAUCACAAAGAGUGAUAGUGUUUUCAAUUAUAUAUAUGUAUACGCUGCAGUGUCCUCCCUAAAAAAAACGACAACCAAUUAUUUCUUAAACUAUCUAAACUAUGUUAUUUUAGUUUUUGUAACUUUAUUAGUUGAGUGUUUUUAGGUACUACCAUCUUUAAUAUACUUCUCCUUCUCUUCUGCUGCUUUGUGAACGGCUGUCACCUCAUGUCUUUUUAAUGUGUCCAGCCUGUAGUUGGUUGAUGGCUGUCUCACUAAGGAGGCAGCAAUUGCCUGCUGUGUUGGGGCACAGUGCUUUUGGCAUCAAUAGCAGUGCAUGCCUUCCUCAGUAUGCCUGAGCCAGGUAAACUGAUUGAGCCAUUGCUUGUCAAAGCCACUGGCUCUGUGUUUUUGAGAAGAUCUGGAAAGAGGAAUAAAAACCACGUACACGUUGGCUUUGCGUUGUUAUGCUCCUAAUUGGAGACUAAUUAAUUAAUUACCCUCGCCUCGCCGACUCGUCCUGUCCUGCAUUCUGACCCUCGCGAUCACCAGUCCUUUGUGAAGUACUUUCAGACCUGACACAAAUUUCCACGUUGUCACCACUAUGAAUUAUAGCAUUUUAACUGCCUGUUACGUUUUUUUCUCUGCUGUGUUUCACCUGGACUCUUGACUUUCCUCCUCGCGAGGUCGCUUUUUAAAGUACUGGCUGAUUUGUCAUAUCUGCAACGCUAAAAAACGGAGGAAACUUUUUUUUUAAAUAAACACGUCAUGCUUGGAUGCAAAAAAGACAAGCAGUAUUUACCUGUUUGUGUCCAGCCGCCAGGGAAAAUCAGGACGCCGAUAGCACCAACUAGCGGGAAAAAAAACUUGAUUCGAUCCGUUUCUUCUUCGGUAGAUGCUUCAGGUCUUUCCGGUGCACUGCUGUUGAUAUAGCGCCUCUAUAGUGGCGCAACGCUGCAACUGCAGUUAAAAUACGUUGCUGCUGCAGAGGGACAUCAUACGCUCAAUCAACACAGCUGGAGCUUUACGCUGUGUUGAGCGAAAUCAAUCGCUCUGGCUGGGGGCGGCACAAAAUUAGGUGGAGGCGGCCGCCACGCAAUUUUGAACGCAGGAAAAACCCUGUCAUGUACAAGCACAUACUCACUAAUUAGAGGAAGUGUCCAUCUGGCAGCCUCUAUGUGUGUGUUUAAGUGUAUAUAUGUGUGUUUGCCAGUGCGUGCGCACCAGUAGGGGUUUGUGACUAAUGGGGUCAUUAUUGAUGCUGAGUCAGGAUUACUGCUGAUUGCAAUGGCUGGAUACCAACCUAACGAGUAUACAAGAAACACACACACACUGUCUUCCCCGUCUCCCCCUCUCCUUCCCCUCUCUCACACACACACACACACACACACAGUUUUUCAUUUCUCCAUGCUCUCAUAGGUGCACUUAUGCACAUAAACCUCCAACCUCAGCUAAUAAACUUACUCACCCAGGCUUACCUUCCUCAACCUCUCAAGGCUUGCUUUGCUUUCCCUCUCAUACACAUGUCGACACACAUUCUAACACACUUACUGUAGACAUCAUAAGCUCUAAAUACAGUGAGACAGGAGGCAGGAGUUGUGUCGAGUGACCAGUGACUCCCUUAUUUUUAUCAGUGCCAUUAGUAAUCCCCUCAUGUGUUUGACAGCUGACCUUCAGCAGGUAACAUAGAAAUGACUCUGGAUGAAAAAUUCAGAGAUCUCUUUAAUAGUGUGUAUAAAAGAUGAGACAUACUGAAAUGUGAAUGAAUGCCAUAGAAAGAAUAACGCUUGUGCUGGGGCUCAUUGUUGUUUACGUGACCUGAGUGUAGCAUCUCCAUCUUUUUCUGCCUUACUGAACAUUUAUGUCAAUAAAUAACACUUAAAAAAAAAAAAUAAAUAAAAUUCUAUUAUUCUGAGACAAAUUUUUCUUUAACACUUUUUCAUGUCAGCUUUAUAAUGCCAUGCCAACUAGGGGUGUUCCCACAAGGGUACGUUACGAUUCGAUUUUGAUGAUGGGAGCUUGGAGUCUUUGAUUAGAAUAAUUGUCGAUUUGAUUCGAUUAUUGGUAUCAGGAUUCUUCCAUUAUUGCCAUUUUUAAUGCUUUAUUCCAUACAAGCUUGAUUUUGUCUUCAUCUGUGGCGACAUUUGUAAAUAAAUAGCCUAUCAAUUAACUCAGUAUUUUGCAAAGAAACUAACGUGCUCUGUUUGUUGUGGUCCCACUCACUAAACAGUCCAGGCGGCGCGCGUGUUGAGGUUCCAGUUACGUGCUUUUUUGUUCCGGCCUUGUGCCAAAGUAUCAACGUUAUUAUUUAUUUAUUUAUUUUAAGCAUCGACGCUAAUUACUCGAUGCAGAAUCAUCACGUGAAGCAUCACGAUGCGUCGACACAUCAAUGAAUUGCCCAGGCUCCUCUAACACCAAACCUGAGGGCGCAAAGCAUUAAUGAAACUGAUAUUUGCAAGUAUCAUGUAACAGUCUGAUGUUUCCAGAGCGAAAGAGAGGAUGAAAUCUAGAGAGAAUGGGACAGGAAUGAACAUCAGUGCAGAUGUGUUUUGGUUAGAAGUAGAGACAUCCUUACCUGCAGCAGAAAACACCCAAGAACAAAGAGUCUGAGGUGGUAUGAUAAUUAGGGUGGGAGGGUUGGGCAAUAAUUAUAGUUCACGAUGUAUCGUCAGAAAAAUCCUUCAUGAUAAAUAUUUGCCAUCUCAUGAUAAACACGUUAAAUGCAAGUUAACGACGUAAGUGCGAGCGAUGGACUCGCAGCUGUAGCCCACACAGAUCAGAAUAACAAACAAAUAUGGCCGAAGGUGGUGAAGGAAACGUUUCUGAGCAGCUUGUUACUGACCAAAGCUACCACUCAAACUCGUGGUGAAGUUUCUUAUUUCACUACUCCAACUGGUGUUUUCAAGACAGAAUGAGUCAAAAAUAUAGAUUAAAAUUAUAGUAUUUUUUUAUCUGGACUUUUUAUUGUUAUCGCCAAAAUUAUAAAUCUUAUCAUGAUAAAUUCUCUUAGCCCAUAUCGCCCAUCUCUAGGUGGCAGCCGCCGACUUUUCUGUGCAGGAAUAAACCUUGCCAGUGAACACUUUCUCUGUGUUCAAAUUUGAUUGAAAACCUGGUAAAACAUAAUCAGGACCUAAUCUAAAACUGCUUUUGACUAGUCAAAACAAAGUUAUGGCAUCAAUAUGUCUGACAGCACAACGUUUUUGGUAUUUUUUUGUCAUAUGAGAGGGUUAAAGAGGAUGGAGACAGUUGUUGUGAGAGAAUUUCUCCAUCGUAAGUUGAACCCUGCCUUUUCAAAGAUGUGAUUCCUCCACAUUUUAUUUCCCCUUUAAAAGGAUAAAUGUGGCGUUAUAUGGUCUGUGGGAAGUUAACAAGAAGGUUCAUAGAUGUAGUAAAAAGGAGCAGUUUUCAGCGUUCCCCAGACAAGAAGCAUAAAGAAGACCAGGUGCUAGCGUAUCAGUGUGUGUGUGUGUGUGUGCGUGUGUGUGUGUACAGUAGCUCGUGUGUUUGUGUUCGUCUGUCCUCUCAAACACUAAAUGUCAGUGUCGUGAUCUCCCUGCCUCUGCGUCAUUAAUAAACAAACAAUCACAUCGAGAUCAAUCCCAACACGCAAUUACAGCAAUUACACAUUUACUUCAGUGUUUUUGCACAAACACACACACACACACAGACAAUAAGUGUUGGACGUCCUCUUUAGGAGGGCGACUUCCUCCCCAUGGUCUCUCCACAGCACAUUUUUCAACCCCUCGCUGAUGCAGAAUUUAUGUGUGGUUCAAUACACUGUAAGAGUGGACCAAGUUAUUGACGUAUGGAAUAAUGUCAGGAGUUUUUCAACAUGUGAGUGUUUACAAUUAUGAGAUGAUCAAUACGUGUUUACGCAGCCGUAUAUGUGUGUGUUUGUGCUCUUAAGGACUUGAACUGGUACACACUGAGGAUGUUUAUUCUCAAUAACAACUCUGCAACAUAGCCUCGGGUUUUAAUCAAAGUAUGAGUGGCAUGCAGCAUGUAUGUGUGUGUGUCUCUGAGCCUGUGUGUCUUCCCAGCUGUAUGUGUGAUAUGACAAUGUUCAUCGUUCCUGAAAGCCACCACAGUUUCUAAAUCAAGUCUUUUAUGAGGUUCUGCCGCUCUGGGCAGACCAUUAACAUUUCAUGUCACCCUGCUUCGCUCUCUCUGUCUAACUCCUUUGGGCAUUAAACAGAAAUUCCCUUUUGAAUAAUCCUUGCUGCAGUCUGCAAAAGAAAACCAGUGACUCUGCUUUGCUUGUAAAAUUCUUGGAGGUUUUUUUUUUUGUGCUUUUGUGUAUAAAAAAUGUAGAAAAACAGCUUUUAACCUUAACCCUCAGCUCAACCUCUCCAAAAAGUCUUUGCGUUUUUUGUUUAAAUGUGCACUUGGACAAAGCAGUUUCCCAGUGCUGAUGGAAGAACCAAUUUUUAAAAAUCAGAGUACAGCCGUAGGGGGAAAUUUCUCUCUUAAGUUUCAUCACUUUGCAAGACUUUAUUGUCUCUUUCUCUCACUCUGUCCUCUCUCUUUUAACAUUCAACACUCACUUGUCAGUUCUGAAGUGCAGCUUGCCUUAAGUAUUGGGAUUCAGCGUGUAAGCUCAUCUCAUUAUCCCUGUUUGCGAGUGUGUGAGUGUGUCUGGGUGCGCGCGCUUCAUGUAUGAGUGUAUUACCGAGUGUGAGAGCGUGAGUGAGUGAUGGGUGUGUAAGCCUCCCUCGCUCGCGCUCUGUUUGAAAUAAAGCGACAGAUAAUCGCAGGGCUCUGGCGAAGCGAGCUCAUCUGAGCGCCAAUCGAUACGGGUGCCAUAGCUUCAAAGCAACCCUUCAAAGAGGAGAGAAAUAGCCAUAUGCUCUACGUGCUGCAUGUUUGUGCGUGCGAGGGUGUGUGUCUCUGUGUGUAAAAGAGAGAGAGAGAGAGAGAAUACUUGUCAGAGGAUGGAGAUAGAGAGGGAGAACAAAAGGAGGAGGGAGUCAGAGUCAGGGAGUCUCUGUGCAGCGAAAAAAAAAAAACACAAAACUGUUUUCAUUUAGUGGCAAACAUUAUCAUAUCACAGUUGACACACAAAUUGCCACUGAUGUUGCUGUUUAAAUUGGACAAAAUCAUUGUUUCGUCAGCUAGUAAUCUCCUGAUAUUACCGUUCUGUCAUCUUUUAUUCAGCAAACCGGCAGCAGCUGUGGCCUUUGUAGAGAAAAUGGGCUGGGAGACACACACACACUCACUUUGUCUCACACAGACAGACUGAGAUAAAAACCGGGAGAUAAUGUAAGUGCGUGUUUGUGAAUAAGGCAGAAGAGACUUUCCAAUAUACUGAGAGACAGUGAGAACUGAGAGCUGUGUAGGACGGGAACGAGAGAAUGACAGAGCGAGAAAAGCGAGAGGGAGGUGUGCGCAGAGAUGUGGUUAUGUGUGAGACGGAAAAAGAGGGAGAGAGAUCCCCAAGAUGUGCUGUGUUUAGCUGUGCCAUCUCACCUUCAGCAAAGUGAAAAUGAAAAUGUAUUUUUGACUCAUCGGUGUAAGAAAAAAAAAAGUGUUUUUCUCUGCAAGCGCAAACGUGUAAUUGUAUAAAGCUCAUGUGUUUGUGUUAUAAGAAAUCGAGGGUCUGUCUGUGUGUGUCAGCAUGUCUAAUUAGCUCAGACGAGCAGGUGUAAAACAGUAAUUAAUGACACAACUGACUGACUUCAUUAUCUCCACAUGAGCUUCUCAUGCUCGCCGCACAAACACACACACACGCAAAAUUACUUUACAUUGGCACAACAUUACAACACAAGUCCGAAAGUGUGCGCUCAUGUCCUUUCAUGUGUGUGUGUGUGUUUUGCAAGCUUUACUGAUAAUAUGAUAGAGCAACAACAAGUGGAGAAAGUGGACACAGCCCUCACAAACACACACACACACACACACACACACUCACAAACACAUCGCUGUUCGGCCACUCAAACACUCAUUUAGUUUGCAAAUGGACUCAUUACUAAUGAAUCACAAGCUGCUUUAGAGCAGGCUGAGCACACAGUAAUGGUUUGGCCAUCCUCCAGAUUACUGACUCCACAACACACACACACACACAAACACACACACACACACAAACACACACACGCACGCACCCGUUGACAGAGAUUGAGAGCGAGUGUCCAGAAGCCCCAAUUACGUUCACAUCCAAUGUGAGAGAACAAGCUAGAAAGCUAAUUACAAGUCCCACACAUGUAGAUGGGAAUUGUUUUAGCGCACACACACACACACACACAUACACACACACACACACGUAUAUAAACAGAGAUGGCGUUUUCUACUUUGAGCGCCUGAUUGUCAUCCUUUGUAUCAAGCUUGUAAUGGUAAACAGGGCUGUGUCAUUGUGUUAUUACUAUAAGUCAUUAUUAAAGCGGUCUUUAUUGAAUCAUCAAUAUGAUUGUGUAAUUGGGUAAUUGCAGUUUCAGCCAGAUUGAUUUACACUUCAGUGCUCUGCCAGGCUUGAAUGAGAUCAAAUAGUAUUAGAUGCCUCCAAAUGCACCAUGUAGUCAUUCACUAAGUGGAAUAAAUAUGUUUUCUAUUUGUCUUUUAAGUACUAUCAAUCUUUUUUCCUCCUGGUAGUCUGCCAAGAAAUAGAUAUUGCUGAUGCUUUCUCUCUCUCUCUCUCUCUCUCUCUCUCUCUCUCUCUGCUGGUUGAGUGAGUGAGUGAGAUGGCAGUGAUUGGACAGUAAUUGGACCUAAUGAAUAUGUCAACAGCCCGUUUCUUUCCCCCUCCAUUUAACACGACUGGAUUAGAUUUACUGUGCUUACUCUAACAACUUAAAGACUCCAUCAGUAGGCUACUUUCCACGUACACACACACAUCUGCACAUGCUCACACACACACACACACACAGAGCGAGAGAGAGAGAGAGAUUGGCUUAGCUCAGUAGAUCAAUGGCCUCUUGGUCAAUGUCUCCUUCGGGAGGGUAAUCUAUCUGCUCCUCACUAAUGAAACGCUCUGAUCGCUCUGCCGCGUGUGUGCCUGGAGUGUGCGUCUGUGUGUGUCUGGGUUUGAGUAUGCACUCAUGGGUGUCAGAUUGUCUCCUUAAUGUAUGUAUAUUGUGUCAUCUUGUUUGUUCUUAGUGUAAUGACUCUCAACCCUGCUGCACAGAGAUACAUUAAAGAUGUGAAUGUGUUUCAAAUGUGCUUUUGCCUCUCAAGAUGUAGGUACCUUGACUAAUUUUGUUUUACAGUGUUAAGUCAAAAAUCUUCACCUAGUGUUUGUAAGGUAAAAAUGUAGUGGGGAGAAACAGUUGUGUAGCUUGUUGCUUUUGUUUUUAUUCAGCAGGUUAACUCGAAUAUCUUCAGCUUUAUUAGAUUUAGUUUCAUGCUGUAUUCCCUCUCUUUGGUUUCUAAAAACGUCUUUUAAAAAAAAGGCCAAAUAAUAAAAGACGGAUGGUCAUACAUGGCAAGACACAAACUUUUUUUCCUUCAAGGAAGAAAAAGUUUUGAAUUAUGAUUUAAAAAGUCUUUUGAUGGUACUGUUCUGUUGGCUGCAGCAUCAGUUUAGUGCAGUUCAUGGAUUCUUGCUCCACAUCCUCUUUGAUUAGCUUUUUCUCUCAAAAAUAAAAGAACCAAAAUGUAUAGAAGAAAACUUUAGUAAGCAGAUAAGAUACUCUGAUCAAUUACUGUCUUAUCCACUGUAUAUAAACUUGCUCUAUUUUUGUAUUGUUGCUCUUAAAACAGGGUAUGCACAGUAUUUCUUUUCUCUUUUUGGCUAUCUGAAACCCUUAAACCUUUUUUUUUUUGUUAGUUAUAAAGACAGAUUUAAAUUUGUUUCAAUGCCGCUUUAUGGCAUACAUACAAAAGCAAAUAAGAUCACCAACAACAACAAGAUAAACAACCUCUUUAUUGUAACUUAAAAUGCCUUACUAUUACGAGGGUGCAGUGGUCAAAUGAAAGCUGGAUGACAUUUUUCUUUAUUUUAAAAAAGUCACUUACAUCUUAUAGCUAAGAUGACGCCUCUUUUUAAGGAGCCCUGCGCUCAUUUUACAAAAUAUUACUUAAAUUCACCAAUCCACUUCACUAAAUCUGCAUCAUUGACUGUGUUGACUUUUCGUCUCACAGGGGACUUUAUACCAGGUCUCCUCAGGGAAAGUCCAUCCAUCUGUGUUGAUAAAAGCCUAAAAUGUUGUUAAUAGAUUUACACAGGAGAUAUUUUAAAGCCACAAAGAUGCUAAAGGAGACCUCACACACUUGUGAGGUACUGCAAAGGUCAAGCAUUGGUAGUUGAUGGUUUCUGAUGGUCAUAGAUACAGCUUAGUCAGCAUUCAUGUUAUUUUUUAAGUUUAAGUGUGGCCACAAAACUGACAUUUACAUUUGUUACCGUCAAAGAAAUGUAAAAAAUGCUUGCUUUAAGUCUCAUUAUUGGAUCGGUUUAACAGUCUAUUUUUGUAUGUUGUUGGAAAUAAAAGGUGUUGCUGCUCACAACAAUAGAAAGCAGAAUAACGAGCCCCUAGCCAAAUAGAGAGAACAGUGUCUCACAGUAUCAUUCUGCUGAAGAGGGACAAAAAGGAUGCAUUAAAAAUAAGUAGGAUACAAAAAAGUAGUUCAGACCCUGGCUCUUUCCUCAUCUUCACACAGCUGACCAGUCACAGCAUGAGCUGAGCGCGAUUUAAGAAACUUACAGAAAUGGUUGGACAGAUCCUCCAAUCCUCCCAAUAUGUCUCAGUUAAGGGAAGGGGGUUUACUGAGCCAUUCAACCAUCUGAUGAGUGCUUCUGAUGGCUUCUACUGGCAGCUUAGGGGUGUUUUCAUCAUCUCUCUCCAAGGCCGGGUGUAUUGCAGCCAGGAGAGUGUGGCAGUGUGAAGUACAGUAGGUCAGUGGUUGGCAAAGAAAUACAGAAAAGGACAUCACCUAACAAAGCAGUAUCAUGUCCCAAUGUACUGCACCGCACUACCAGGGUCUGAUAAAGUCUGGACGGGCUGAGGGAAGAGAGGAGAGGGAGAUUUUAAAUAUGCUAGAGCUUCAGUGACUCUAUCAGGGCUAUAUUUGGAACAUUUUGAUUGUUUAUUUAAAGUUCUCUCUCAUAUUGUCUCUUCAAGGUACAGUGUAUAGAAUCUAGUGGCAAAAUCACCCUGACAUAAAAUUCAUUUGUUUUUGCUAAAAUCAAAUGAGCCUUUUAUAUCAUCAUGGGAGCAGGUUUAUUUAUACCUAUAAUAGUACAGAAUGCACCAACUAGUAUCAUAUGCGUCCCUAGGGAUGGGCGAUAUAGGCUAAAAAAUUUAUUACAAUAAGUUUUGCCAUUAUGCCGAUAACGAUAAAAGUUCCGAUAAAAUAUAUUAAGAUUCCUAUCCAUGUUUUCGACUCAUUCUGUCUUGAGGACACCAGUUGGCAGAGUCAAAUAAGAUAUUUAACUACGAGUGAAAGUGGUAGGUUAUAGAGGAAACUAGUGACAAACAAGUCUGAAAUGUGAAAACAUUUUCAACAUUUAAUAAAGACUCUUGUUGCACAGAGAGAACAGAUCCUCUGUCCGAUGUCAGGCAGACCUGAUUGCACUCCUCUAACCCCAACCUUGAAGGAAAUCCCUCAUGUGGAGCCGCAUUUAGCAACAAGCUGCUCAGAGACGUCUUCUACACCACCUGCAGCCAUGUUUGUUUGUUAUUCUGAUCUGUGUGGGCUACAGCUGUGAGUCCGUCACUCGCGCUUACAUCAUCAACUCGCAUUUAUCACAUUUAUCGUGAGAUGGCAAAUAUUUAUCAUGGAGGAAUUUUCUGGCGAUAAAUCGUGAAUGAUAAUUUAUCGCCCAUCCCUAUGGGUCACAGUUUUUCGUGAGUGGAACAGUUUGUAUUUAUAAGAUGUCUUUGAUGUUAAAAAUAGACAAGUGUUGGAUCAGAGUUUCUAUGCACGGUAGCGUCUUGUCUUUGAGGGCCACCGUGGCUUAACCGAUGAGAAUCUGACCUCUUGAUGUCUCUUCAUGUCCCUAUGUCUGCUCACUGCUUCUGUAAAUGAAGAUUUAAGGGCAGCCGUUUACUUUUUCAUUAAAGAUUCAUGGAAAUUGUAUCCUGUGCUGUUGCUAUUGCACUUCGAAAUCUCUGAAGAUCGACAGCUCUUCACAAAUCCUCCUGUAAAAGGUCUUGGAAAGUUGUUGCUUUGCAGCUGCACCCUGUGGUUAUCUAAUUUCAAUCUCUCUUUUUUCUCUUUUUUCCCUCUUGUUCCUCCCUCUCUCCCUUCUUUCUACUCCUUCUCUUUGCAGUUUGACGUGUUGGAGUGCUUCCUAAGGUAAGAGAGAGCCUCAUUUUCCUGUAUUCCUCCUCCUCCUCUACUUUUUUCCCUCUGAUUUUCAACCCAUAAAACACAGCAUGUCGUCCACACUUGGCACAGUGUGUGUAUCUGAAACAAUCUGUGUCCUCAAAAUGUAUUUUGCUGGGUAUCUUGCACACUGAAACACAAUUACCCAGUGUUAUCAUAACAAAGACACACUCUGGGUUACACUCCUCCUGGUUAAGCCACGAUUAGAAAAUGCACAGAAUUAAAAACCAGCCAACAGGACGCAUGUCAUCCGUUAGUUUAUAAUCAUUUGGAUCAAUAUUAUAUGACAUAAAGGCUGUAAAAACAUCUCUGCAGUCCACAAGCAGUAAUAACUUACUCCUACUCCACCACCUACAACUAUAACCCUCCUUUUAGUCAUAACUGUGUCUGGGAGAAAAAAUUAAAAAACUGCCUCAUGGUUUAAAAAAAAAUAAGGCGGCUGUUGUUGUUUAUUUAUAGAUUACUGGUUUCAGCUUUAGUAUAUCUCAAACUUAUUACUUUCAGACUGGGAUGCUCUGUAAUAUCAGAAGACUCACAAUACUUCCAGAAGAAAAUUAAAUGUGCACUUGUGCCAUACAGCUGUGCCUGACCUUGUGGUGGGUCACAGAAGAUGUUUUUGUAAUAUCUGACUGCAGUCUGCACUUUGAGCAUGGAUAAACCUUGUGGUGUGCAUGCACAGCUUUAGCUUUCUAUCAUUUCAAAUAUUGCACCUUCAAUUUUCUCUUAUUUUUUAAAUGGUGUUGUGUUUGGCUUGUUAAAUAAUCCUAUCAUUCUGCAAUGUUUCAUCUGUGUUUCGCUUUUUUGUGAUUAUUUCUUGUCUUUAUAUUUAAAGGCUCUAUGAGGAGUUUUUAAAUAUUUUUGUAAUUAUCACGCUUACCCUUAAAACCCACAAGAAGUCUUUGCUCCGCUUUCUUGCAAGUUUCUCCACUGUGGGAUGAAUAAAAGUACUUAACAUGCUGACCACAACAGGAUUUACAGCUGUUUACUUUGUUCGUAGUACAACAAAAUUACUGAAUACAUAUUUUUAAAGAGCAAACACAGUUAAACCAUAAAAAAAGAAGGAAUAUUUAUGCAGCGUGAAGAGUGAUAUCCAAAUGAAUGAGACAUCAGCCUUAGAAAGGCAUGUAAAAACCUGUUAUUGGUUCGUUUUCUCUGUUUCGUCCAGCCGCCUUGGGCUGCACUCUGCUGUGCUCAGUUAAAAACAUGCUCUCGGUAGGUCUGGAGGCGCAGGACGAGCCAAACCGUGGCGCCCACACUUCCUGUGUUUAUUAGCGGUUGCACAAUGCCUGUUUAUUAUCUACAUAUGGUAAAAUUAUUAGCAAAAAGAUUGGUUAUUGUUUGUACAGACUGUAGUGCGAGUGUUCAGGUUAGAUUUUCCAUGAAAAAAGCAAAGUCGAUAUUUGUCACUAACCCAGGAGUAGCUAUGUGAAGAAUUCAGCUGGUAAACUUUGGCAGUGAGAUUUAGCUGGCAGGAGAAGUUUCCGUCGUGAGAUAAGUGUUUUUAUUUUAUAACGCUUUGUAGUAAAAGUUGAUACUGAAGCAGGAUUCACAAAAAUUAUUUGUCUUUCUGUGUAAGAGUUAUUUAAGAUGAAGAAACUCUUCAGGCAGGGCUUUGCUUGAAAUGAGAGCAAAAUGGCUAAAUAGGAUUUUCAUGUUUAUUUGAAUGCUUCACAACCUUUUUGAGGGAGAUGGAGUUAAACCAUGUCCUUAUUCAUAUUAUUUGGAUGUUUAUUGAUGGGUAACAUCAACCUUGUACAUCUGGUAACCCUUUGUAAGCCCACUGAUGGAAAUAAAUCAAGGUUGAAAGAGUAAAAAGAGAAGUCAAAAGUGAAAGUCCAGCUCCAAAUCAAUACAUUAUCUCAUCACUUCUGCAGAGUAGGAGAAGUGAAAGAAAUAUUAAAAGGAGAGAUCUGUAUUUAAUUCAUUUGCUUUUAUUGAAAACGCGUGCUUUGGUUAGAGCCACAUCUUUACAACAGUGAGGGAUCGUGCUCAUGGGAAACGCGGUUCUCAAGAAAACACCACCAGUAUUAACCAAAGGGGCCGCUAGAAUCAACACAUCAUGAAAACUCCUUACAGUGCCUUUAAUCAGAGUUACACAAAGUGGAGACAUAAAAACAUUGAGUUAUAAAAACUUUUUUGUCAUUGCAUUUAAUUAACGUGAGAUUGGGACCACUUUUAUACAUAUACACCCGUUGUACACAUACUAAAAGAUAUAGAAAAGUCAUUUUUUUCCUGCAAAAUAUAAAAACUUAAACUAUCUGUAAAAUGAAGUUUAAAAGAAACGUAAAAUCCAUGGAUUAGUAAUUAAGAGUAAAAAAUAGUCACAAAGAUACUGUCCACAUUUAAAUUAGAAAAACAAAUUUGCAUUUUAUCCAAAUUUUAAACAUUUCCAAGACCCGACACAGGGUUGAUAAAUGCAGCCCCCAAACUGACAAAGUCGAAAAAGGGUCAAUUAGCAAAAAGUAUAUUAACAAAUAAUCAAUUAAAGGUGUAAAAAUAACAGAAUAUUUUCCUCAACCCCAUUUUUUUUCCUAUGCUUAUUUAUUUUGGCAAAAGCGUUAUCCAUCAGGUUUCCAUUUGCUGGUCCAACAGCCAAUCAGUGUGUUGCCAAGCCAGCAGAUCAAGUCAGAAACAAACGGAGCGGUUUUUAAACGAGGAAAAGCCAAAUUCAACUCACCAGUGGAUUAGAUUAGCAGUUAUACUGUAUAUGUGGCACCGUUGACUCAAGCCUUUGGAGUAAACUUGGAGUUGUUGUCAACACACCAUUCAGAGCUGCUUCUUGGAGGUUUUGGACGGCUGUAGAUGAGAAAAGUGCAAUAAGUUAUAAGUUCAGCCCAUCUUGUCAUUGAACCUUGGGUCUCAACUGAGUGACUUUAAACUACAGUAGUUUUUCUUUUAAGAGAGACACAAUAAAAGAAGAUUGCUAAAGAAGUCUGGAUGAGGAAGUGUUUUUGGAUUGCAGUCAGCAUGGGUUGUCUUCACUGUCACUUAAAAGACUUCACUCAUGAUUGUGGUCCCGCUCAGAGAGUAUCAACCUAAUACUCCUGAUGACUAAUCCUACAUAUCAUGAAUGUUUGAUCAGGAAAUCCAUCAAUAUUCUCACCUAAGUUCUCGAGCUAAAUGCUUUUUCCAAUCCCAAAGGAGGGAGGAUUGUAGAAAAUAAUGAUCACAGAGAAUUAGAACAUGUUAAGAAUAACCGCAACACAAUUGUUGUAGAGAAAAAUCUAAAGUAAAAUCGUUUGGCUCGGGGAGGUUACUACUUUUACACUGCACUUGAAUAUGAAACAGUGCCACAUAUAAAUAUUGAGAAAAGACUGUGAAACUGUAAUUACUGCUGAAUUUUGUCCAAAAACCCACACUUAUCUCAGAGCCGAGGACAAGUGGAGAGUCGUGCCAAUCCUCUGAAGAAGUUAAGACAUAAAAAGCCACACAAUUGUCACCACAAGGUUCAAACCAAACACAGAUGCCAUGUUAGGGUGCCCUUUAGUGUUUCUUUGCUUUGGUGCCCAAGGUUUUGCAUCAGAUUUUGACAUUCCAGCAAGCAUGUGUGUGUGUAUAAGUGUGUGUGUGUGUAUACAGAGGGAAAGGGAGAGAGUAUGUGUCUACAUCUUUAGUCCCCGUCUCUCGCCUGGUGUGUGUCUGGUUCCCAGUGUUUGGAGUGGGCUCUGUUGGGACUGUGUGUAGAGCCUCAUUAGUGGUUAAGGUUUGGCUGGCCUGCUGCUACUGGAGACUCACUCUGGGGCACAAAGUCAUAUGUUACACUGCUGCUGGACCAUCUGCCAUAUUGGCCCUCACUGGAGACUCUUUGGUCUCUUUUUUUCUUUCUGCUGACUUGUGCUCAUGUGAGAGCAGUGGUGGAAGGUAACUGGAAUACUUACUCAUGUGUCACGCUCAGUGACUGUCAUGAGGUACGUUUUGAUGCACAACCUGUGGGGCUGUAACAGAUAGAGCAGUGAAUAUCUUAAAAAACUGUCGCCUGACCAACUUAUCAGUGUCAUUGUGUGAAGAAGAGUCUUUUAUAAAUUACUAUUACUGUGAAUUAUUACUGUUAGCAUAAGCUGUUUAUUCAAAUACGUUACAAUACAGGAAACAUGUUUGAUUGAAAAAUAGUCCUGCAGAGAGAGAAAUCUAAAUCUAUACCCUUCAAUGUAGUGCAUUCAGGCAGGAUAAUAACAGCAUUAAAACGUGAAAAUAAAUUCAAUUCACUAUAAUUAUUAUUAUUUUAAUGUAUUUAUUUACUUUUACUCUUGGUGACCUUUUGCGUUGCCUUUCGUUCUUCCAAUAUUGAAAUUUCUUGACUUCUCAGCGUCUGAAUGAAUGUUUAUUCUGUUAUCCUCCUGAGUCUCUCUGCCUUGCUCUGUCUGCCAAAGCAAGUAUUGUUAUCAAUUAUUAUUAUCAAUAUUAUUAUUAUUAUAGUGAGUCUAAACAUAAAGCUUGUUUUAUUGACUAAAAAAUUAUUACUUUAUUGAAAAAAAAAGUGGUUUGAUUCAUCAAGGAGUGACUUUUACUUUUGAAAUUGAUUUUUCUCUCAAAAAUAAGUUUGAAAAUAUGAUUUUAUUUUCAUUCUGUGUUAUUUCUACCUUGAUCGUUGUAAAUUUUUAAUGAAAUGAUAAUGAAUAUAUCCCCCCACUGCUUUCUUCUACUGUUUAUGCAUCACCCCUGUUUUCGAUCCGGCUUCAUGCUUGUUCAACUGUUAAGAUGUUUGUCCUUCCAGUGCGUUCAUAAAGCAGCUGGGCAGAGCGGAUAAGACGGUACGAAUCAGCCGUAUCAUUAAGGAAGAAAUCUCAUGGAUUUUCAGAUACACGGAGGAUUAUAUAUUAAUGAAUUGUAAAGAUGACCCCUGCUAGAAGUGCUUCAUUGCGCAGCAUCACUGUUUACAACCACACCACGCAGCUUCGGUUGUGUAAUGUGCUGUGGUGGUGAUAAAAAGUCGGUUAAAGUGGAAGCUUUAAUAGCAGCGCUCAGCUGGAGAAAGGUUAAUUAUCACAUCCUGUUACAGCGAGGGAGGACACUGCCUCCUGUCAAACGCACAAACACAGACACACACAAGCACUGACCCACACAAACAUACAGACCAUCAAACAAAACUGUACGAGGGUGUGUCGACUUUAUAAAAGUGUAAUCUGGCAUCUGUUUGUCCUCAUUUACCCCAUCACCUGGUCUUUAUUUCUCUCUCCUCUCCUCAUUUUCUCCUCUUCUCUCUCAUUUUCUCGCCUUUCAUCCGUAUAAACAUCAUUCACCGCUCAUCCACACACUCUCCUUGGAUCAUGUUUGAUACAAUGUGUGAAUUGGGCAGGUUUUUAUCACAUUGCUUGAAAAACGGGCACAAUUCGGAAAUGAAAUGACGGAUGAGUGGACGGAGGUGUGAAGCAUUGAACCUCCGAAAAAUGAUUGCUGCUCUGUUGUCUGGAAGAUGCCAAACAAUUUAGGGCAGAAAAAAACAUUAAACUGACACUUGGAAAGGAAUCACAAAGAUGUAGUGGAAUUUCUCUCCUCUCUUCAGGUCAUGAACCCUUUCAAAAUAUUUCUACUUUCUUUUCAUGUCACACGCCUCCUCUAUCCACUUUAUCUUUCUCCUCAAACAUUCCCAUCUCCUUCUUUCAGUGCCUCCUCUUCCUCUUAUCCUCCUACUUUGCACACAUCCACCCCCUGCUCAUGCUGUCUCCCAUCCACCUCUUCUCUCUCCCCCCUCUCUCUCUCUCUCUUUUUCUCUCCAUCAUAAUUUCAUUGCCAGUCUAGACAGCUUCUGCAGCAGGUGCCUAGGCUGGGAGAAGUAGGGAAAAAUAGGGUGAGAAGGAGAGGAAGGAGGGAGGGAGGAAAGGAGCCAAGGGGAUAAGGAAGACCUAGUGAGAACAGAGAGAGAUUAAUAGAUCAAGCGGAGAGGCGUAUGAUGAAAGUUUAGAGGAGUAUGGAGAGAAGAGGAAAGGAAAUGAAAGGCAGGGAAAGGGAGGGGUCAGGUUAAGGUAGGAUUGGAGAGGAGAGGAAGGGAGGGGGGUGAGGAGAGGAGAUAUCUGGGUAAAUCAGGUGGGUGCUAUUAGAAGAGGAGAGGUGCGAGAGAGACUAUUUUAAUGCAAGGUAGAAAUCAGGUGUUCGAGGUGAGAAGAAAAGGGAGUGGUAGAAGGAAAGGAGGAAGGGAAGGUGAUGGGAGAUGUGGUGCAAGGGAGCGAAUGAGGAAAGGAGGGAAAAAAGGUGGGAGAAAGAAGGGGGUUAACACGCAGAGUGGAUAGACAGAUGGAUGGAGUAAGUGCAAGGGAGAGGACAGGAACAGUGUUGUUGUGUUUUUACGGGAGGACACGGGCUGCAAGGAAGUGAGGUGGGUAAUAAGGCCAUAUCUCAUUCCUGUGGAGCAGCCUCUAUCCUAUUAGUGACUACCUCUCGCCGGAUGACUUAUAUGCACCUCGUUUUUCACCAACACUAUGACAGCAGAUGCUUGGGCAGAAACAAACACACACAAGCGCACUGUCUAACACACACUCAGCAGCAAGUUCAUACAGCCACAGGAGCGAUGACAGGAAAAAUCUGCUCCCUCUUCCUGGUGUGAAGGGAAAGUACCAUCAGUGCGGGGGAAAAAAUGACAGCUUACAACUAAGUUUCAGAUCCAGAAUCAAUUUAGAAACAAACGUCAGUUGAAAUAAUUUGACAUUAUGAGGUUCUGGGUGAAGAAACAUGUUCAGAUUAAUUAAAAAUGUGAGCAAAUACUCAUGAUUACAUAUAUAUUUAACCUGAAGAGUUAAGCAAUUAGAUACGUUACAUGUUACAACGCUUCAAUUACUCAGUCUUACACCAUUAAAAGUGCAUUAAAACAGCCGGCCAAGAUUAUUGAUUGAUGAUGCUUAGAUGUGGGCUCAUGGGGGUUAAUUUAGCAAGGAAGUGAAAAACAACAAGUUAUUUCACCUCAUUUGGAACAAGCUCACCAUCUCUGAGAGGGAGAAAGUAUUAACCCUUGAUCAAACUGCUGCUAAGUUUGCAAAAUGCAAAAUGUUUCUGUCCUGGAUAGUUGAUCAGAUAUACUUUAAUAAAAUCAGUCAACUAAUCAAAUUUAUAAAUCACACAGGGGGAUUGGAUCUGUUUGUAAAAAAAAUAGUGAUCUUCUACCCUCCCUCAAAAGCAAUGUUUGUUUUAUAAGUUAGGGUUGGGCGAUAAACCAAAAAUUUACCAAUACCAAAAUUUACAACAAUAACAGACAUCGUUUUGCCCGUAUCGGUAUAUUCCAUGUCAAAAAAUAAAUCAAUAAAAGUUGGUUUUGGAUGUGUGUAGAUAGGUUAUGGUCUCAUGUCCUUUUAAGUGAUUUUGUGGAGUGUUACAAAGCCGGUCUGCACUGCCCUGUCCCUGGAUGAGUGAAGUUUCAUUAGAAGUCCUUGUUGCUUUUGCAGCUUAGCCAGCAACACUUAGGGAUGUCUGUGUGUGCUCUGCAUCUGUUAAGUUCUUCCCGGCAUGUUUUGUCCCAUAAUGGGGAUUCAAAAUGUAAUCUUUAAUUACAGAGACCUACAGAGAUCUGUUCGAUAUGCAAUCCCCAGGUCUGGUUAAGAUUGGAAAAAGUAGUUCUCAAUCUCUGAUCCUCUGGGGAGCUGUCCACCAUCACUGUGUUCAGAUAAAUGUGAUGUACUAGGGCUGGACGAUAAACUGAAAAUUUACCAAUACCGAAAUUUGUGACAAUAACCGAAGUCAUUUUGCCCAUGUCAAUAUAUUUUGUGUCAGAAAGAUUAGUAAAUAAAAGUUUGUUUUGGAUGUGUGUAGGUAGGCUAUGGUCUCAUGUCCCUUUAAGACGCUGUCCCACAUCAGAGACGUGACUCCACCCCAUCCAGUCUGUAACAAAGAGGGAAAGACAGGUGAGGAGAUGGAGGUCGGUCAAAAAGUUGUAGCGGCUGAAGUAGACAAAGUUAAUGUGGGAGGGGGUGAGCAGCUUGUGGAGCAGUUAUCAUCCUUUUAUCAUUAUCAAGGUGAGCUCCUCAAUAUAUUGUGAUAUUGAUUUGAGACCAUAUCACCCAGCCCUAUUAUAAGUUUAAUUCUCUACAACCUAGAAAUAAUUAUGUAUAAAGAUGCUAUUUAAAACGCCAUGUAAAGACAAUGUGAUAGACUAAAAUGUUGAGAAAUACUUCUUGAAACACGGCUCAGAUAAUUGAUUUUAACAUAAAAACCUCCUCUGUCAAAGCGAAUAGCCAAUCAUGGUUCAGAGUUGUGGGGCUAACCCGAGUGGACAUGCCCCUGUUUCUAUCACUCCGGCUCUGUACCCUUGCAACGCUGUAUUAGUGGUGAGUGAUUUUACAAAGCGUUACAGCGAUGUGUAAGGUGGAGAUGAAGGAUGUGUGAAGUGACAGUGGCAGCCUCACAAACGCGCACACUCAGACGCGUGAACACACUGUGCCGCUCCGUCGUCAAGGGACGAUUAUUUCACUUUAGGACUUAACUGUAACUAUUACAUCCUAACGCUGCUGAAUUAAAGGAAAAAAGUGAUAACUGUAUGAACAAACUGUAAAGCGAGUCAUGAACUGAUGUACAGCUUUGACUCGUUCAGCCAGUCAUAGAUCAGUCUUAGACGAAGGAGAAGCUUUUUAAAAACUCUGUUUCAAGCGAGGAAGCAGAUCAUGUUCUGUUCAGCCAGCAGCCUUGUACACUUACAGUCGUGUCUGAGCGCCGUAUAAUCAGUCGCUCCAGGGACUUUUGUAAUUGCAAGAUAUUUAACAAAAUCCCCUUCUAUCUUGCAAGGGUUUGCAGUUUGGACCAGUCCCACACUUUUACUUCAUAAGCCCUCCUAAAUCCUUUAAUAUUUCUAAAGCACCGUCAUUGUGAUAGAACAAUCAUAUCUAAGAAGUCUGUUGUGCAUUUUGAAACAAUCUCAAACUGUGUUCAAAGCAUUAGGAGGGGGGAAAAAAAGAGCAGCGCUAACUAACAAUUUCACUAAAGCUGGCAGGAAAUUCUUGUACUUAAAACAUCAGUGCAGAUUAGUAUGAAAGAAAAACAUUGAUUGCUUUGAGAUCACACACAAACACACUUGCAAAGAAAUAACAUGUUUUCAAUCCAGUCUUGUCCUUUAAAGUGAAAGUUCAUUUGUGUUAUUGUAAUUUACCGUCUCUACGAUGACAUUUUCCCCAGAGAAUGAAGACUGACCCCAUCAGACACCUCACCCGCUAGAGUCCAAGUGACCCCAAGGACUAAUAGAUUGGAGAAAGGGGGAAUAUAAGAAUCCAUUCCAAUAAUUUUAGCCAUUUUAAUUAAAUUUAUGCAUAUUCUUCCUGUGAAGAAUUUGGGGCAGCUGUAUCAGCAAGAGGGGAGGGGUGUUGGGAAAAGAGAGAGAAAGAGAAAAUGGGUCACUUUAGCGGAGGGACUGCGAGGCUUCAUUAGGAAACCCGUCGCAGUUGCUCACUGGCCCAUUCUCAUUCUGCCCCAGCGUUCCCAGUCUGCACCCACGGGAUCCCAGUAGCACCCUAACAUCUGUGACCUCAUCAAACGAAAGAAAUAAGCAGGCAUCAGGUCACGCCGGUCUCACCCACCGCCACCUCGGUGACACGCUAACACCUCUCUCUCUAUUUAUUCUGCUUAAAUUAGCGCUCUAACUUGACUUCCUGGCGGAGAUAAAUGUCAGGUGUUUCUUACCCAGAAACUUUUGUCAGCUUUGGUGUGAAAACCCGCACACCCUGUCUUUGCCUGUGAAACAAUGAGAAUGCUAGCUGUGAAACAAUCUGAUGCAAACUGUGUGAGGAAAUAGAUGUAUUGUCAAUUUUGAUUUUUCAAAGAUAAUAGUUCUUUUAACUGUUUUUGACUGAGGCAUGUUCUCACAACACAUCACAACAUCAUUUAACACCUGAAAUAACAUCCUGCCAGCACUAAGAGAUUGUUAAAGCAAUUAUUUAGUAUAAGAAAACAUUAUUUUCACUUUUUUUUAAACACAUCUUUUACUUGGGGUUUUCUUUUAAUUCUCUUCAUGUUUCUUUAACUGUACGAAUUAGUAAUUUAAAUGUCAUUUUGAAAUACAGUCAUCAAACAGGAAAAGUUUUCAUAAAAAAAACAAACUAUAAAAUAAGUGUUUCUUUUACUGUGUGAGCAGAUGGAAGAGGGCGAUGCUCUAUCAGAGUUGCUCCACUUUCAAAGCACUUCCUCCCUCUUAUAACUCAUUUGCUCGCACUCAUUAGCUAUAAUUCUCCCUUAUCCCCCUUGCUCUCCUGCACUUUAUAACACCCGUUCAUUUUUCUUGUUUCCUUUCCAUGUUGUAGACAUUUUCUUUCACUCGUUUCCCUCCCUCAGUCAUUCAUCCUCUUGGCCCCAAGUGCGAAAACGUCUAAUAUGUCUUUAAAAGUAGGACACCGCUGAGAAAUUUGUUACACCUAACAAAUGAUAAUUCAGAAUUGUCACCAUACAUCCCUGACUGCAGGGCCACCCCGAGCACACAGUAGCAUCUGCUGCUCUGAAACACAGUCAUCAUAAUGUUUUUCACCAUUGUGGUGCUGAAUUGAAUUAGAAAUAUAGGAUUAUUUCACAAAGAGGUGACACCGUCUUCCAGCGGGGAUGUUUUAGCCCUUGUGUAAACUGCGUCGGUACACUUUGAUUACACUGAAUUUGCAGUGUUGUAACUUGCUAAUAAGGUCGGGAGUUUCUCCCACUGAUAAACAUAAAAGGAGCUUCCUUAAUCCUGUUUGUGUGUCAGCAACACCAAACAGGAAACUGCUAGGGAGGCAGUACAUAUAGAUGGGACUCAGAUAUAUUAUAUGUAAACUAUGGCUGAGACGUUAUUGCUACAGUUGGUUUGUGUGCUACAGUAAACAUGUACUGUAGUUUGCUAGCUGGCUAUGCUAACCUAUCUUAUUUAAGGUGACCAGAUUUCUGUAAUGAAAUCCAGUGGACAUCCAGGGGGCGAUAUUUUUAUUUGUUGGACGGUAGCGGAAGGUCCCGCCUCCCUUCGCCUUUCACCAUCCUACAAAAAAAAAUUUCGCAUCCAAGGGUGGGGGCGCCAAGCAAAGGUGAUUUCAGGCCCUUUAUUUCUGGAGAGUGGUGGGGUGGGGGGACAUUGGCUUUGCUGUCACAGACAACAAUUCAGCACUACGUAGUAGCAGCCCCCCGUAAUAACCCCCUGUAAAAACAGUUGUUCAGGACUGCACGCAACAUGCUUACUUGCGCUUCCUACCUACUCGGCUAUCGUAAUAACCGUUGUUCUACUCUACAUGCAACAUUUUUUUCUCAUUCAUGAAAUGCUCGGGGAUUGUCUCUAGAAACCGGGGAUGUCUAGUCACCCUCAUCUUAUUUUUUGUACAAACUGUCUGGAGAUGGGAACAUGUGUCAGACUUUUAUAUGUUUUACAGCCCUUUAUGACAGGCAUUGGCAACACAGACAAAGAGCAACAUUAGCAUUCAUUUUGAGUUGUUAUUUCAGCUAUUGUAGAGUAAGUCCAAUAUCUCCUGUCCAUUUAGCUCUGUUUUUGUUAGUAUGCUAAUGCCCAGCCAUGUCCCCCUGCUGUUGCUAACCUUUUCUGUCCCUCAGAUCAAAUCCUUUCUCUCUGCCAUGUUGUAAGCUGUGUCCUUUAUGGACUUAGCUUGCCAGUUGCUUUAGUUUUGAAAAGGGAGUCAGUGUCUUUGAUUGAAAAUAGACAGUGAGCACUUGCUGGAAAUAAUUGCAACCUUUCUGUUCAGUUUUUAAAAGUGGAUCGCAAAAGAGCAGAACAUUGUCAUGAGAGUGAACUAGCCAAACCUGACUGUCAUAUUUGCCGACUUAAAUUCAUCAACUAUUGCUGUGUAUUGAUGCUACAAGGACAAAACAUGGACAGCACAACAUGUCUCCACAAGUGAUACCAAAACUUUAAGAGCUCAGCCUGGUAUGUGGCUGCAGUAUGGCUCAUAAAGCAGGCCUCCAUCAUAAAAAAGUGGUCCAUCGUGGGUAGGGCUGGGCGAUAUGGUCUCAAAUCAAUAUCAUGAUAUAUUGAGUAGUUCACUUCGAUAAUGUUAAAUCGACAAUAACUACUCCACAAGCUGCUCAUCCCCUCCCACAUAAACUUUGUCUACUUCAGCCGCUACAACUUCUGAACCGUCCUCCAUCUCCUCACCUGUCUUUCCCUCUUUGUUACCGACUGGAUAGGAUGAAAUCAUGUCUCCAGUGUAGGACAGCGUCUUAAAGGGACACGAGACCAUAGCCUACCUACACACAUCCAAAAACAACUUUGAUUUAUUUAUUUAUUUUCUUGACACUGGAUAUAUUGACAUGGGCAAAAGGACUUUGGUUAUUGUCGUAAAUUUCGGUAUCUGUAAAUUUUCAGUUUAUCGCCCAGCCCUAAUCGUGGGUCAAACCAGAAAUUUGGAUGAUACAUCAAAACCCUUUUUCUCACAUAUGCUGCCAUGACAGUCAACACUUGUUCUGCUGAUGUUCAUGUUGCGGGGUCAUCUUACAAAAAGAGGUGAUGUGACAUCAUGAUUGACAGCUCUGGUGACAAACAAGGGCUCUAGCAGCUGCCUUUACCAGUUUAGCAGAUGGAGGAACAGCAAGAGAAACACAAGAGUCAUUGAACUUCAGACGACCCCUAGUGUCUGUUCGGAUCAACUCCAGGACCUGUCCUGCUGUGGACUGUACCAACCUGAGGGGUCUUUGCUCUUUUAUCUACUUUUAGUUUGCAGAAGGGAUAACAUAAAUCCACCAGCCAGUCUGCUUCUGUGUAUGCCUCGGCGCCUUGAACACCACAUGCACAUUAGGCAAUAUUUUAGCUUCUUUUUCACAACAGGAAGAGGAGGAGGAGACUCACAGUCCAUAUUCAUAAAAUGUCAAUGGCAUCAAGCUUCCUACACUCAGCUUUUGACCUUACUGAGUACACUAUAAUGGUGUUCAUACUUUAUCAUACUUUGCCAUAAUUGCUCCUGAGAAUGCACUCUCAGAAUAGCAAACACAAGAACACCAGUAAUCGGCACUCCGUUCUUGUCUCUAUGCAGUAUGCUUGAUAUACUUUGCACAGUGCUCUCCUUAAGAUAUGUGAAAAGGAUAAAAGUCUGCAGAAGAAUAGAGGCGUAAGAUGUGAAACUUGAAACCCUUCAGUUUAAAUCCCCAGAAAUUCGGUUACAUUUGGUAUGUUAAAUCAAGACGCAAAGGCACACUGGAACAUUGUAAUCUAACUUUAUAUACAUUUCUGGAUACAGCUGCACUUGAGGUUUUAAAAGGAGAUUUUCAAAGAAAGGCACAUUUUGCCUCUUUUUGUUUUCUUACAGUCUUUACAAGUUGUUGAAUGAGCUCGCAGAGACCGUAUCUGUUAUUAUAAUCCUGAUUCCACUCAAGGUAUUUUGCAGUCUCCAGAGACCCAAGAGCAUUAGGUCACUUUUGAAUACUCAGAUAAGUUAUGCGAGCAAUUGUGCAUCAUGUAUCUCCUCAAAAUACUUCGUCAUCCUUGCGGGGGCAGAUUAGAUGCCUGUUUCUUUCUGUAAAGUCUAAAACAUCAGACAAACACACGCAUACACAAGCUGUAAACAAGUUCAAGUUGUUUACUCAGAACUGUGUCAUGCCGCUCUGAGGGUCCCUGUUGCCAACUUGACCUGCAAUAACCUCCUUUAAAUUCUGGGCAAACUUCAGCGCUGCAUACGCACCUCGAAAGGGUAAACAAGUUUACAAAGUAAAUGUGCUGUUAAGACAUAUUUUCAUUCGGAGAUGACACAGCUGAUGAGCAUAUGAUCGAGGAAAAUUUCAUACUCAAUCUUCACAGUGAUUAGAGAAAAUGCAGCUCGAGUCAAGACUCCAGAGAUAAUGUUUGUAGGGAAUCAUGUCAGUGUUAUGCCUGGCCCGACACUUCAUUAAAAGUAGGGCUUAUGAGAUGGCCCUCCGAUGCUGGCUGUGAUGCCCUGCUUACCCACUUGCAUAGAUGAUGAGUCCAGCUGACAGAAACUAAGAGGAGUGUUUCACACAUGCUGAGUGAAGCCAAACCAAAGCGAGCCGGGUUUCACGAUGAUGUCCUGGUUAGGGUUAGACAUCAAAAAAUAAUCUGGGCCGUUGCUGUGCAGGUCAUUGCAGCAGAAAUAGUUUGGUUCAUAGAGUGAAAAGGCUGCGUGAAAGCACUUCAGUGACCUACAUAAUACGCAGCUUCCCUUGUGGAUCACUCCUGCCACUAACAAAAAAAAACCUUCAAGGUGAUGUCCAGAUGCGGCUACAAGAGCUGAAUUUCUUUUUCAAAUGACUAUCAACAUUUUGACUCUCUCUGAACAGUCGCUUUGGCCAUCAGCAUAAAAAGAUCCAAAGACUGCUCUGAAGCGCUCCCAUGGGAGUCUUCACAGAGAUUCAAAGCAGCUAAAAGGGUUCGCAGACAGACUUUCACCAUGGGUGCCACUUUAUCACACAAAAAAUCAGGGAGAAACCACAGCAAUACUGCGUCUAAAGAAACAGAAUAAACAUAACUUGUCCGGGCUUUAUCGAGCAAGCCCUGUAAAGCCAAAAUCACUCGCGCCAACAUGAGCUCUCCAAAUGAUCUAGUUUCCAAACUCUUCCUCUCCCGCACGAGGCUGCUGAGGCUUUAAUUACUUCUGCAGGGCCAGCAUAGGUGAAGCACAUUCUCACUAACAAGGUGGUUUCCAACCUGGGAGCAGUGAAACACCAACAGGAAAAACAACAUGAUGGAGAGGAAAACUGCCGCCCACAAUUGAGGGGUAACUGAUGCUCAUAAUAACCCUCCACCCAACUGAUUUCAGCAGCCAUUGUCAGAGUGCUGUAAUAGAAACACAUUUGCAGGUGGGGUGGAAUCCAGGGAGAAAUGUGUCAUCAGCUGAAAACAAAGUGUGAACCAGUUUUCCCGUUUUGUGCGCAUACAUUUGCCCCCGUAUGUACAAGCGAGGGCAGCGCUUACAUCUGUCACGUCUCACUCAGAUUCUCCAGAGAUUAUUUCAUGACGUAACCUUCUGACCUGAAAACAGGUCCAGAGGCCGAGGGACGCAACAGUUUAGCAUGUGCUAGUUUUCUAUGUGUUGUUAAAUAGAUCUGAAUCUUUACAUCAUCUGAUCAGGCAGUUAAUGUAUGCUGCCAUCAUUGUCUCUGCCCUUAUUCUCUAAGUCGGUCAGCGGCACAAACACAGGAGUGGUGUAACAGCACAGACUAGUGGUGAGUCUUUGUCAUGGCAGCUUGCUCCAGAUGCCGCUGACAGAAUCAGUCUUGUUACCGUCUGAUUGUGAUUUCAUUCUUCUUUUAAAAAAUACUGUGACUUUUACUCUCUUAAAAAUGAUAAGGAUUGAAAUAACAGGUCAUAGCAUGUUUUAAUAGUCAUACUGCAAUGUCUGGUUUGUAAUCUCGAAGAAAGUAAUUUUUUCUGAGGCCACAAAGUUCAGUAGAGGACCUUUCUAGAACCAAAAUAACUCCAUCUUCCAGUAAUCCUCAGGGACCCAUCUUGCAAUCCCUCCACCCUCAAAGUGAUUUUUCUAUUUUGCAUCGACGCUGUGCGCUUCGCUGCGCUCCUUAGAUGGCAGAAGAAUUCAGGAUAACAGCGCAGGGUCACUGCAGUCAGAAAACACUGAAAAAAAAACAUCUGGAUCUGUGCGUUUUAUGCAUGCAGUCUAUUUUUCACCAGUGGUUCAAACACCUCUGUGCCAGUAUUCACACAUCAUGUGUCCUAAUGCGACCCCUUUGAUCCCUCAGUGCGUGUACUUCUCAUACGUAGGUGUGUAGGCUUUUCCCACCCCUGGUUUCUCAGGCCCUCAUCCCCUCACAGCCCGCACCGUGUAUGAGCAGCUGGCAUGAAAGCUUCAAAAGCUCCUGGUAAAGGAGGAGAUCUGCGUUUGACCUGAACAAUUAUCAGAUACUGCUUGAAUAUACAGUAUGUCAGUGUUUGAUCUGGACGUUUUAAGCACACGGACGCAAAAAUCAGUUUGAAGACAGAGCGGUCUUUGUGAGCGGUGACUUCUGAAAGGCUAAUGCUCUCUCCUAAUCCCUUUCUCCUUCUCCUCCUCCUCCUUCUCUGUGUCACUCCCUCUCUUGCAGGAGAAUUCUGGGGAGAUUUCUUACUCUUUCGUUCCUCAGGGAUGAAGCAGAGCAGUGGAUCUGUGUAUUGAAACAGGUGAGUGAGCGAACAUCAUGAUCACCUUCAAACAAACAACCACGUACACAUACACGUGAACUCCGUGCCCCUUUUUGGUGUGAUCUGGGUCAGAUUUGUGCAUGAUUUAUGUAGCUAAAAGGCCCUUCUAUGUUUGCUGAGAAAAAGCACAAGAGAGGGAGUUCAAAAAAAGACAAAGGGAUGGAUGUUUCUUCUGAGGAAGACGGUGAAAGCAGCACAGAAAAAGAGAGAAAGACUCAUCCUUUGGGAGAGAGGGAAAGCCAGUGA